GGUUGAUGGCCGCAGCUGCGGUCCUUGGUCUCCGUGUAGCCGGGCGCUGUGUGUGUGUCUGAUAAUAACGCCUAGUUACUAACAUAGAGACCUGGGAUUGGGAGAGCCGCGAUACGGAGCACGGGAGCGGUAAUUAUCGGGAACCUGCAGCGGGCUGGUGACAGGGGGGGAUGGGUGGAGUAACCUGUUCUAAUACCUGCUCCCUCCCGGGGGUGCUGGGAGAUGGCUGUUAUUUACAUAGAAAUAGCUGGAUAUCGGCUGGCCACAGGGGCCGCCAGGUGUGCACCCCACAGUGCAUACACACACUGCUUCUCACAGUUUAAAUAGUGUGUGUGUGUGUGUGUGUGUGUGUGUGUGUGUGUGUGUGUGUGUGUGUAUAUAUAUAUAUAUAUAGUAGGCUAGAAUGUGACCGCACUCCAGGGACAUCAAUAUAAAUUAAGUAAAACCUUAACAUUUAUUUCAUUCUAUCUAUUAAACUGUUGACUUUUUUUUUUUUUAGUUUCUUUGAAAAACUUUCACCAGAGUAGAAAGGUGUAUUUUUUUUUUUUUUUUUUUUCAAAAAAAAUUGGAAAUGUCGACAUUUUAAUAAAUACAAUAAAGUAUAAGUUAUGGUUUUAUUUUUAAACUGCUAUUGAAGACCCUGGCUUGCGGUCAUGUUGUGUAUUUUGUGCCCUCCGCCACUGGGCAUUACACAUUAUACCCUGGAGUGCAGGUUCUGUGACUUUGUAGUAGGACCACCUUUUCCACUAAAUCUAUAUAUAUUUAAAAAGGAAAAAAUCCUGCAAUUCACCCAUGUUUUCACUUUUAUUUUACCUAAAAUGCUAUUCACGUGGAAUUCCCAAGAAAUCAUACAUUCUUUGUCGUUCCAGAUUACAAGUUAUGCAGGACUAAAUACUUGUAUUUGAAGAAGGUAUUAAAUAUAAUUUUUUUUUUGAAUGAGCACUUGAAAGCUCUUUAAGGUAUAUCCAAAUCACAACAAAUUCUGUACAUUGUGUCAGCAAAAAUGCUUGUAAAUGUGUAGACAAAGAAUUAUUCUCUAUUUCAGGUAUUUUUACCUUCUCAGGCUUUAGUGAUAUGGUAUGACUUCAUCUAAGGGUGUGUUGAGCAAUCUCCCUGCCCACAAAAAAAAAAAAAACCCAGACAGGUUAUCCACUAAAGUAAGAAUUCAAAGGAAAAAUUAUGUCUGCUAUUUUUUUACAGUUCAGCUACUCUGGCUUUAACACUGAAAUCUAUUUUGAUUUCUCACUUUGGCUGGAAUUUACAGCAUGUUGCAGGACCACAUAUUACAUUAUUCUCUAGCAAUAUUAUGGCUCUGCUAGCAUCAUGCACUUGAUGGACUUGCAGUUCAGCAAAAGCUGGGGCUCUGCCUUUUGGCUGCCCUGUUUUUUUUGUUUUUGUUUUUUUUUUUUUAAAUAUAUAAUUUUUUUUUUUCAAUAUGGAGGUGUGUCUAAACAGUUGCAUUCUGAGAACCUUAUUACAAUAAAGUCAAUGUAUCUAUAUAUUCUGCAUCUAGAUUUCAGUAACAUCCCAGAGACCUAAGAAGCCAGCACGAGCUUCCUGUUUUUAAAAAUUUAUUUUAAUGGUAAAGCCAUCAUUUAGAAAACACUGUAAAAUUAAACAUGAUGCCAAAAAAGUCACGUACAUAGGAGUGUUUAGGAAAUUAACCGCUCCCCCAGCUCACCCUGGAAUUGAUGCCAAUACAAAACAAUUUUUUUCUUUUUUCUGGCCUCUUAAAUGCAUAAACUGCUCAGGGCGAUGUCAAAUACACUUGUCACACAAUUUCAAAUGUCUGGUGAAAUUAAACUGGAAUUGUCACUUCAAUUUUAGCAGUCUCAUAGCUAAAUAAAAGUUGGCUAUUGGGUAUACUAAUUUUGUUUAAAUUGUUUAGAUUUUCUUUUAACUUGAAUGCCUUGCAGGGCAUAGCCAUAGUAUAUCAAUAAGUAAACUCACUCAUACAGCAAUUGUUAGAUGACUAAGCGCUCAUAUUCAAGGCAAGCUGCUGGUUCAAAGGCAUAAAAAAACAGUUAAGAUCAUCCUUUUAAAAUUAGUAAUCCAGAAGAAAUUAGAAAAGAGUUGGCUUGUUUCUACAAAGCCUAUUACAAUGUAAGAAUGUUGCUCGUUCCCUAUCUCUACAUUAAUCCGAUUGCGUCCAUAAUUUCUAACCCAAUCCUUUAGUGUGAUAUCGGUUUCAGCCAUGCUUUGCCUAAAUUGACACCUUAUAGGUUCGCAGUUGCAUUUCUAGAAUGGUUUAUGCCCUGUUAAAAGUAUUUUCUGCUGACAUGCUAUAUUCUGUAGGCUUUUUUUCCCUACACCCUACCCUUAUUUUGUAAUUCACUGACCUUUUUCCUUCUUUUAAAAAAAAAAGUUUAAAUAUAAAAAAAUAAAUGUAAUCUAUAAAAAUACAACUAAAUCCAGAGUUGGCCAUCACUUUCACCUCACUGCCCACCCAGAUCCCAUGCUCCGUCUAUGGGCUAAUCCACAAUUCCCAGAGGGAACCCUUUGCUCCAUCAGGCAGAUAUUCCCAUAUCUAAUCCAGCCUAGAGUGUGAGACGUACUACCUGAAGGAUAAUUGACCACACUAGUGGCAUUGCUUUUGGGAUAGCCCCACACAGCUUGACUUACCACUAGACUAUUUACUAAAUCUCCUCCAUCCCACUAAACAGAUUUCGAAACACGACGUGAUGGGUCUCUUAUACAAUAUGCUGAUUCAGGUGUUAUACCUCCUUCCUCCCACUUUCAUGGACGGGAGAAUAUCCGUGGAAUAUAUUUUACAGAGUGGAAAAUUAUGGUUGAGCUUACCCACAAGUGUUCUAACUGGGAGAGAGAGCUACCAAACAAUCCUAUAAGCUGUUGACACAAUUCCCCCAGUGCUCUGAUUGCCUUACUCACACCUCAGUGUUGGCAGUGUGGGGUGGAGGAGGGCAGCCUACUCCACAUCUGGUGACAUUGACCCAAGAUCUGGGGGUACUGUUGCAUCCUUCCCAGUGGUUGGUGAAAGCAUUUAAAAAGUCAUCCCAAGACUACUUAAUGUAGCCAAAAAGCGAAUUCCCCUUUACUGGAGGACGAGCAGACCCAGACCAUCCUUUUGGCAAUGAUUCAAUUCGUGCAAGCCAGGUGGUUCCUGUCUGUGUGGCAACGAGUGAGACCACUUAACUUUUUUUUCUUCCCCCUUCCCUUUACCUAUCCUAAUACUUCUGCACCCUUUAGACUCUCUUAGACAAACUGACAAGUUGCUGUGCAGGUUCUGCCUCUGCACAUUUAUAUACCUAGCACUACACUGAAUUCCCACAGAGUCAAUGAUAUAUACCUCACAGUAGGGACAAAUGUGUGAAUAUUGCUUUCAUAUAUCUGAGGUUUCAGUAUACUGAGAUUUAAGCUUUUGUCCCAAUGAGUGAAGCCAUGCAUCUUCAAAUAUUGUCCUUAUUUAUUUCUUUACUUCUGUACACAAAUACUGAUCUUUUAUUUUAUACUCUUAUGUCAAACAUUUGUUGAACACAAAACUAGACUGAAAUAAUACUGGAAUAUUUAGUCUGAUGUACUGCACUCUACACUAAAACAUCUUUGGGAUCAAGUAACGAAUUAUUGUGAAAUACACAUUUUAUUAUGAAUCUGUACAUAAUCCAUAACACACCAUAUUUUAGUUGUCGUACAUGAUUAUAUACUUUACUCUACAGCGGAAAAAAAUCACCAUGAAUGAAAACAGCAUUCUGAUAUCUGCUGCAAGCAAGAGCAUUCUGGCAGAUUCUUCUGUCUUUGACUCUAAAAUCAAUGAAACCUCAAAAGAAAACCUGUUUGCUGGUUCUGCAGAAAAUGAUGGUAAGAUUCUAAAAGCCUUUCCUCAAUUUCACCUCGCUUGCAUUCCAAAAAAAUGCUUCUAAAGGUUUUUGUACAUUAAUUUAUAGGGAUUUUUGGGCUUCAUGGGUACAGCUUCUCUCGUUAUUGCCAAAAUCUUUUCCAGCAGUUUCACAAAAACAAGAGGAUUUCUCAAUGUCCCUCAGAAAUAUGCCUUUAAAUUCCUUAGAGAUACUAGAAAAUAAUUUUCUUUAAUUUUUCCUAAAAUCGUCUUGACUUUUUCUUUCUAUCCUGAAUAACAUCUUUCAUUUUGUAUUUAAUCUACGUAGAAGAAAUGCCUCAAAUUGAAACCAGAGUGAUUCUGGUGGAAGAUGCUGGGAAAGAUGACGACCUGUUAAAAGCUUUGGAGGUAUUGUUUUCCAUUUGAGGUCUUUUUUUUUAUUUUUUUUUAUUUUUUUUAUAAAUAUCUUUUUUUUUUUUUAUACAUGGCUUUGUUUUGCUUCAUCUCAGUUUUCCUUUCCACAGACAGUUAAAGUAAUGGAAGUUCCUGUUAUAAAGAUAAAGGAAAAUUGUACAGAGAAAUCCAGAGACUCAUUUAUUAAAAGCAUUGUAAAUAUGGUAUGGUAAAUCAUUCAUACCAAUUUUGCAUGAGAGCACUUCACAAACCACUCUUGAAAUGGUGCCACUAACUUCUGUCUUAAACUCUGCUUAAAAUUUGCUACUUGCAGAAAACGUUCAUUUUAACACCCUAUGCUCAGUCACUUAAACUUUUUAUGUGUAAUUUGUUUGGUAGCUACUCUUUUGAGGGACUUGUGUUAUUGUACUUUUCUAUGGUGAAGGAAUGGUGGUUGUUCGUUUUCCAGAUCAAACACUACUAUAUAUAUAUAUUAUAAUAUUUUUUUUUUUUUGGUGGCUGGCUCUAAUGAAAUCAUAUUUGAACACUGUAUAAGUUGAAAUAUACAUGGUUUUUGUUCUUACACAUUGAGUUGUGCAGUCUCUUCAGAGAGAAACCAUCAGGAAAACAAAUCAAAUUAAAUGCUCAGCACAUGUUCACUUGUGAUAAGGCCUCUUUUUGAUAGUUGUAGAGUAAAAAUUUCAAUAAUGGUACACAGUUGCCUAUAAAUAAAACACACAAAAAAAUCACUAUUUUGUAGAUUUACCCCAAUAAAAACAUGCAUGUAUAUUGCAUUUUCCCCCAUCAGUGAUUAAGCUAGGCUUCUAACAGCUGCAAAUCUCUCCUCUGCAGCCUUUGCAAACAUUCCUCUUUUUCCCCACCACAGACUAAAAAUCUGUGCUAGGGGAGUACUCCAGACGAUUGUGAUAGCGCUUUUCCAAUGCUGCUUAAUCAACAAUUCACUGUAAUACAGAUCAUUGAGAAGAGCAAAGACAGGCGUGUCUUAGCCAACAUAGAACAUUUCUACUGAAAUCAACACUUACAAACUGUCCAGAUAUAUAAAGCACUAAAGCAAGUUUCUUCCCCCCCCCCACCAAUUGGGGAGAGGGGGGUGGGGGGGGGGGGAGAGGGAAAGCACUCAAACACAGUUUUCACCAUGCAUAUUUUAAGCCAAUAUCUAAUUUAGGUCAGGCAGCAAGUCCAUUGAUACUGCAUCUAGUUCUGCAUCACUACCUACCACCAGUGGCAUCUCCUCCACAACUACCACGCUUAGCCAGAGCAGGGGAAUGUUAAGCAUAAUGCCAUUAGUUGAGUUAGACUCGGUCAUUAUCAUCCCAGGGUUGUGUCCAGUAGCCGAAGUCUUGAAAAUUUUGUUGGAUUUCAAAACGGCAUGAUAACAAAAUCACUUGCCUGCUUGCCCAGCUGAUUGUUUCCAUGAGAGAACGGUAAAAAAAUAAAUUAAAAUAAAAAUUGUUGUAUUUUAACAAAGUGCAGAUUUCAAUAGAUUUUGACACUUUUGUAAAUUACCCCCUCCCCCUGACUGUCACACCCAGACUUUUUUUGCUUUCUAGUUUGUUUAGCUCAGUGGGGCGAAACUCAAGUGGCAGCAAACUCAGAGCACCUGCCUUGCAAAGACUAAUCAUUGAGCUAGUUUGAUAGGACAGCCACAGAAAGUCUGGGCUGGGCUAGAAAAGCAGGGCUUGCAAAUACUUCAGACAAGAGAUUUGCAGCUUUUGGAAGAUCUUUUUAGAUAUACACUCAAUGGAAAAAAAAUUGCAUAAUUAAAUGCAUGUUUUCAUUUGGUGAGUAUCUACUAGACUGUAAUUUAUAUUAUAUCUGUUGUUGUGUUUGAGCAGUGUAGUAUCCCUUUAAAAUUAAACAGAUGGUCCUGAUCCACUGGUUUGUCUCUACAUAAACAUUCUGGUAAAAGUCCUCAGUUGACAUAUUAAGAUCUUUAUGAAAGCUAUACAGCUCCCUAAUUACAUCAGGAUGAAAUUUUUUAUUUUUUUUAAAUGAAAGAAAUAUCCUCAUUUAUCAAAGUAAUCAUAUUAGUGCAAAAUAGAAUUGCCAAGUCAGACUAUCUGCUCAUGCAUGUGGCAUCGAAAUUAUUAUUAUUAUUUUUUUUUUCCUUUCCCCCCCUUCUUCCAAUCACUUUACAGGCAAGCUCUGUCAACCGUGUCAGACAGACUUGAGCAAACUUGCAGUGUGAAGUGAUAAUUGCUCACGCUUUUCUGUUUUAAGACUGUAAAGCUUAUAUGCGAGCACCUUAGAGUUUGUAUGCACUGGGCUGACACAUUUUUUCCUGUGCAUGUUGUCCAUGGUGCUACUUGUAUCAGACAUGCCCACCAGUCACACUUCAGCCAUCUUCUGAUAGAAGACAUGUCCAUGUUAACAGAUAUGCAACAAAGUGCAUCUAGUUUUGAAAGUGUGCAGGGUGUUUUUGUUUGGGGGGUGAGGGGGAAUGUUCUUGGUUUUAAAUUUUUUUAUUUAUUUAUUUUUUUUUUUUCAUGCCUAAAAGUUUGAACAAAUCAUACAAAUACAAAAAUAGAGUAUCGUACAAAACGUAAUCUGAUAUAGCCAUCUUUAAGUGGAGCUGUAACUUUUCUGCACAGGUGUUCAAUCCCUUAACCCAGUAAACACUAUUCUAGGGGAUACAAAUUGUGGCUUGGGUAACCUGAAAAAAACAACAAAUUUACCUCCAGUGGACUUCUGUCGUCAGUGUGUGCAUGGUACUUUUAUGCUUUCUGGUAUCUCCAGAGUAAUGUAAACUCCAACGGUUACUUAGUUACGCACCAUAUCUGAUCAGCUAGGAAGGCAUUUAAAAAAAAAAAAAAAAAAAAGUGACUAGCAGCUACUGACUUGUGCAUAAUAUGCUGACAGUUCUGCUUUAAUAUGUCAUAUUAAAAAUAAAACCACAAAGAUUAAAACAAUAACUUCAGUACUUUCUUUUGGGAUGUGCAAGUGCUUUUUAUUUGGAAAAACAGACCCGUAUCAUUUGUGUACUUGAAUAUGAGACAUUUGCUAUACUAUUCUACACAACAUUUGUGUGGAUAUUUGUUUUUUUUUUUUUUGGGUAAUGCCUUUAGUAAUUAAAAAAUAUGGAAAAUGGGAAAUAUUAUCAUAUGGUUAUACAGUAAAUAAAGUAACUUGUUUCAUAAUCUCUCUUCUGGAAACAAAAAAGGAGAUUAAAGUUCCCUGCAUGAAAACGGACAAUGUGAAAGAGUAUGCAGAUGCCGAUGGACCUGAAUUCGAAAACGUGUUUGUUUUAUCAGACUUCCAGAAUCCCUCCUUUCAAUACUUGUAUAAAGCGGAUUGCAGAGUGCUUGGACCACCAAUAAUCUUAUAUUGUGCUCGCAAAGGAGAGGUAUGUUGACCUGAACUUAAUUCUAGCUUGUGUUAGCUUUUUAUUGCUCAAAUAUACUUUAUAUGAUUGCAAAACUUUUUUAUUUUAUUUUUUGGCGUGUAGCAGUAGCAGUUACGAUAUAUUCAGUGUUAAAGGCUAGAAAUACAGGAAUGCAGGUUUACAGUAUAAUUGCAUAAUCUUCGUGUGUGGGCUAUAAGAUUGGAUAACUGCGGGCUACCGGUCGGAGUGUUGUCAGUAAGUGGUACAGAUCGGCAUUUGCUAGGCACGUCUGAAACAAUCAGCAGUCAGGUCACGCCCCAUGAUUGCAAAACUUUGUGACAAGUAAAUGAUUACGAGUUCAGACUUAUAACAACCCCUUGUGUGUCUGAUGUAAAUCACAUCUUUACGAACAUGUGGGCAUAACUGUGUUGAAGUACAGUAAGGCUGAGUCUGAAACUUCAGGAUGCAGCUUUGUACUAUUUUUGAGAUCACAAUUUAAUGUUAUAUAUAUGUAUAUUCACCUAGUUAUGGCAAAUCACAUAACCAUAUAUUGCAUUUAAAUAAAAAUUUGUUGUGUUUCUAUUCUAGCCUUUGCCUUUUACUUCCCGACCUCUGUAUUGUGCAAGCAUGUUAAAUUUGGUGCUCUGCUUUACUGGAUUCAGAAGAAAAGAAGAAUUGGUAAGAAAGUGUUGUUGGUUUUUCUUUUUUUUUUCUUUAAAAUCAAAGCUGCCUAGCUGUUUUUGUAUGUAAAGAGUGGUGAAAACCAAGAUCUGUUGGGGGAUGUACUCUUGUAAAACAGGAGUUGAAAACUGAUGGUGUAGGCUAAAAAAACAAAAUACCCUCACUGUUGUCCUUGGUCAUUAUUUAAUAACUGCCACAGAAUUGUUUAGCGAUGAAUACUUCCCACUUGGCGUGGGUAAUAUGGAAUAGUCUUGGUAUUCUUUGCUUUGCUUGUGUCAUUAGAGGUUUCAGUAUUUUACAGUGAAUGCUAGUCGUACCGUGUUUUUGUAAUCUAGAGCAAUCUGAUAAUUUUCUAAUUUCUUUCUAGGUAAAGCUUGUGACCUUAGUUCAUCAUAUGGGCGGAACGAUAAGAAAAGAUUUUAGCUCAAAAGUUACCCAUUUAAUUGCUAAUUCAACGCAUGGAGAUAAAUUUAGGGUGCGUAUAUCUUCUUAGAUUUGGUAGCCUAAAACUAAAUUUCAUCUAUCAACACUUUGGCGCAAACACAUUCUGCAAUGUUUUCCAAUGUAUUCAAUUUAAAAAAAAUGCAUUCACUCAUCUACUCCAUUACAAAACGCUUUAUCUGUUUUCACUGCCUUUUAUUAGGCUUGGUUUCUGCAGUUCCUCCUAUUUCAGUACUCCAUUAUCACACUUCUGUAAAUCCCAAAUGCUGCUGCCUGAAUUCUCUGCCGCAGGCAUUAGUCUGCAAACUUUUCUAUUCUACUAAUGUCACCUCUUUAAAAUCUUUAAACUGAGAACGUCCAUGUUCUACAUCCACGUCUUGCCAUUUCUCAUUAGCUUUCACUUGCAAUUGCUUAUAUUGUCACAGUGAGGCCUACCUGCCAAGCCUUGAUUGUGGGGAAAGUGUGGGCAUAAAGGGAUUAAAGCAUCACAAUCUGUGGAAUUUGUAAAGACCCAUGACUGUGACAUCAUUGCUGGAUGUCCAGUGACUUGGGGCAGGGGGGGUAAGGGGUGCAGGCAAAGGUAGGUUUUACUUACAGAAAUCUGUUCAUUGUGAGCACCACCAUCUUCUUUCGGAUGAUCCUUUUUAGCUCCUGGUACUUAAGAACCAGGAGCCGAUGUCAUUGAGGUCUAUGGAGUAUCCCCCCCAAAACUGCGGCAUCCUCCAUAGAAAAUUCCCUACAGCAGUGCUAGUGACUGCUUUGGAACUGGCAAUUUUUGACAGCAGUAGCUCUGCCCAGUCUCGAUAAGUGUUGGGCGUAGGAAAUAUACUGAGUAGUUGCUACUUUGUCUCCAUGUUUCAAUAUGUUACUCAUAUUGAUGGUGUUGGAAUUUCACUGAAUUUAUAACCCAGUCUUUAUGAUAUACUCAUUUUGUGUGCUACCAUUACCUCUAGAAGGGCAUAACAAUUAAAACGGUGAAUUACUAGUUUAUCUCUACAGGUGUGUGAAUCCCGAUAAUAGAACUUAAAGAUAGAAUUGGAUUAAUAGUUUAAAAACAGACAAAUGUUGCACAGUGGCAAACUUACAAAGAUCAAAAUAAAAUCUAAAAGCAAAUUAUACAAAUGCAAAAAAACGGUUCCUAAAAUAAAAUGACACUUAAACAAAACACAAAACCUACACUAGUGCAAAUCUUACGGUAGUCCAGUGGGAACUCCUCAGUAUAUCUUUCCUGAUGAUCAAAAUAAAGUUGAAGAGUAGUGAUGUCACAAACGGUUUGCCGCGGACUUAUCAUUGAGUAAACUUUGACCCUGUACCUCGCAGUCAGCAGACACAUUCCAGCCAAUCAGCAGCAGACCCUCCCACCUCCUGGACAGCUCACUAAGAAUGCAGCUUCACAAUGAAUGUAAAAUGGAUGCUGUCCAGGAGGUGGGAGGGUCUGGGAGGGAGGGUCUGCUGCUGAUUGGCUGGAAUGUGUCUGCUGACUGUGAGGUACAGGGUCAAAGUUUACUCAAUGAUGAGUCCGCGGCGAACCGUUCGGGACAUCACUAUUGAAGAGGUGUUCAGUUUGAUGUGGGAUGACCAUUGUAUAUCAGAAAUAAACCGUAUAUUCCUAUGCCUAAUCGUUUUGCUUGGGUGAGAACAUUUUAUGGAGGAUCUCUUGCACGGAAGUAAAAUUCUGAGGUUCAUGGCAAUUCGAGCUAUCAAAGCUGAAGAUGAGCUUAGAGGAUAUGGUGAUGCUGAGGGAGAGCGGUUCAGGUAAGUAUUUCUGCCUUCCCCUCUCCAGUUGGUACUAUCAACUGGUCCUUAGUGCUAUUGUCUUUUUAGUGAAGGUGGAGGGCCGUGAAGCCAUGUACCUGGCUUAGGUGACCAGUGGGUCCAUCACACCACGUCUUUACAGAGAAAAGGCAGUAUCUACAUUACAGCCUAGGGAUACCUCCACUGGUCACUCCUCAUAUGGUUACUAGAGGUGCUUCAUGGGGCAGUGCUGCAGUGUGCCAUUCAGCAUCUUCACCUUCUGCAUGAACUUUCCUCAUAGAGCUGCAUUGAUUCAAUACAUCUCUGACAAGAUGCUGAUUGUUUGGCUUGUGCUUGCUCUGCCCCUGAUUUGCUUCCUUGACACUCUCAGCCAAUCCAGUGCUUUCCUAUGGGGAAGCAUUGUGACCGACUGACUCAGUUCAACACUUCUGAUGUCAUCCAAGCAGGCAGAUCGGGGUCAGUCAGCACCAGCAGACUGGAAUAAAAGUAAGAACUUACUAUAAAUAGGUGGGCUAGAGGGGGACUAGAUUGUGUUUUUCACACCAGGGUCAGGAAUACGUGUUUGUGUUCCUGACCCUAUAGGGAUCCUUUAACAUCGCUUCAAGAUUGCAAAGCUUACGGAUUAAGAUGGCUGUAUAUUGUAAAGUAAUAACAUCCUUUCUUGUUUUACUCAUCGGAUCUAGUUAAGAAAAUAGACUUGAAUUGUAAAACUAGACACAUGCCAAAGGCCAUAUUUUUAGAUUUUAACAUUUUAAUAAUGCUGUAUACAGAAUGUACUUGUAUAAAAUAAAGAAACUGUAUUGCAGAGUCUAGCUUAUAAACCUGGUUUAGACAUAUAAAUGCUUGAUGCUCUGUCCCAGAAUGUAUUCUGGAAUUGAGCCAUAAACACUGAGUUUUUCGUAUGCAUUUCACAGAAGCAAGCUGGAUGCAAAGUUAGUAUAAGAAUUUGUCUUUUUUUUUUUUUUUGCACUGUUUAGAUUAAAAAUUAACAUCUGGAUCAAAUGUUAAAGGAACACUUGUACAAACAAUACUUGAGCCACUCCAGGGCUGCACCUUUUCCGUGGAACUCUCUUCCCUCUCUGUUUGACUCUUACCCAGUCUCCACUCCUUCAAAAUAAUUAUUGAAAACUUACUUCUUCAGGAAAGCAUGUCAAUUAAACUAUUAAUAGGUUUUCAUCCCCACACUCUGACCCCUCAACUGCAACUGUCAAAAUAACCUACUAAGCCCUCAGUGAAUACUUUUCUAGUAACCUACUUUUACCCUUUGUGUCCUUCUAGCAUGCUGCUUCAUUAAGCUAAAGUUUGGUGACUUUAGUGUCCCUUUAAUAUCUAGGCUUUUUGCUAAUCCUUUAAUUUUUUUUGGAAUCGUGUCUCCUAAAUAUGUCCAACCCUUUCCUGGUAGAUCUGUCAACUAUAACUGGACACAAGGCAAAACAAUGCAUUUCUACACAAAUCUGAGUACUUGAUUAUGAAUACACUAUAUAUUGGUGUAAAGUUUCUUUAGCAGCAUUUUUUCCUCUUUUAGGUUGCUGUUAGUUUGGGUACCCCCAUCAUGAAAGCAGAAUGGAUAUUUAAAGCUUGGGAAAAAAGGAAUGAGCUGUAAGUAUGCAGAUAGCGGUCAUCAUGACAGCGCAUGCCUAAAACUGUACAUGUUCGUUUACCUUAGAGAUGACCAACUAUAAUUAAUAGUGUAUGCUGUUCAGACUAGAACCUUACCAAAGUAAGAUAUCCUUUAAAAAUAAAGAUUAUUUUAAUGCUGAUUUUCAAAUCUGUGAGCUGCAAACAAAGAAAAGUAAAGGAUUCCACUUAGUUUUUGUUCAAUUUGAGGAUUUUUCAACAAGUCCACAAUCUUUUAUACAUUAGUCAAACUCGUUAUAAUUUUACACUCUAAACAUCUGACAGAUUCUGAAAGGGACAUAUUUGCUAGCUUUAUCAAUUAUAUGAAGAAGUGACUAGGUUUGACAAUGUGUUCAUAAAACUUUUUUGACUGUUAACAAGAAGAUUGUCGAACCUGAAUAUUGUCCUUUAGCCCUUAAAAUUUACAUUCCAUAUACAUUAUGCCUAUGGGUUUAGUUCCCUUCCCCAGCCAGGAAAGGUAUCUACAUGCCAGCACCUACAAUAUUAUCUGAUGUCCAAAAUGUGUUUUAUUUUAAGAAUAUAUUCUAGAACUAGCUGCAUUGUUUUUCUAACUUAUUUAUUUUUUAUAUUCUAUUACAGUGAAUUCAGUGCAACAGAUGAUGAAUUCAAAAAUUCUUUUAAAGUUCCUCCCUUCCAGGACUGUGUACUAAGUUUUAUUGGAUUUUCUGAUGAAGAAAGGGUUAGCAUGGAAGAAAUGACAGAAAUGCAAGGUAUUGGCAUGAGUAAACAUGAUUUUUUUUUUUUUUUUUUUUUCAGACCCUAGGAAUUGCUUGGAUCAUUCAUAAAGCAUUACUCCUAUAUUAACAGGGGAGAGUACAUCAUUACACUUAGCAGAUAAUUAGAUUUUGAGAUCUUUCAUUGUUUCCUAUCACUUUUGUGUUUUGAAAAGCUUUUUAACAAAUGGAAAUAUAUUAUUUAUACUAAAAUAAUUUCAUAUAUUGUUUUUCCUGGAGUACAGCUGCAGUACUUGUGGGAUGUUCAGGUAUAAUUGGGACAAGUAGGCAUUCUUUAAAUUUAAGCACAGUAAAAAUGCCUUACUUGUUCUGGUUUUGGAUGGACAAGUCUUGUACUACGAUCUACUCUGCUGUGGUGUGGCAGACAUGGGCUUGUUAUUUCCCACCUACGUGUUGGAUGAGUCAGGCAGGCCAUUAGAGUACAGGAACUCUACAAUAUUUUUCCGACUUUCACAGGAUUCUUUGGCAGGCUAUGACCAACCAGGGAGGCAACCUGUCAAGUUGGACAUUGCACCUGUGCUCUGUUACUGGAACGCACAACAGUUUUUGGUUUUUUUUUGUGUAUUUUUUUUUCUAAUUUUUCGCAAGCAAACAUAAAAGAAAUUGAGGCAAUGAGCAGACAAUCUAAGAGGUGAACAUCUGGGUCUACUCCUGAACUGUCAUCUGGGGAAUAGUUCACCUGAACUAUCAUCUGGGGGUUCUGGCUGUUCAGAUUCUUCAAACGUAUGUUCUGAACAGGAAGCAGGCUUUCCUAUGGAUCUAGAAAAAUUUAAGGAGGUGCUUAAAGUAGUACAGGAUGAAGUAUCAAAGGGAAUAAGAGAGUUUUUCCUAUUCAUCGCCAGCUUAUGGUCCUGAUUAACAGUGUGGAAAAAUCCUGAAAAGAAAGCUUUUAUUUCUAAACAGUUUAAACAACUGUUUAAAUUUCAGCAAACAUAAGCAUGGGGAACACUUCCUAAAGUUGAUGUUCCAUGUGCACAGCUCUCUGUAAUGACCACACUACCCAUUAGAGAAGCCACUGUGUUAAAAGGCCCAAUAGAUAAGAGGAGACACCUCUUGCAGGUAAAUUUCAGGCUCAACAGUAGCUAGAUCCUAAAGGGUAUUGAUUUAAGACCUUGAAGUAUUUUUUAGGUGAAAGUUGUAAAGCUAUUUAAAAAUAUAAAGUUGGCUAAUUAAUAUCUGUGUGAGAUGACAGAUGAAUAAUUAAGGUUGGUUGCAAGGAACAUGAGCGCCUUUUCUGGUGCUCUUAAGGCGGUCUGAUUAAAAUCCUAGUCUAAUACUGCCUCCAAGUUUGCACUGUGUGAGCUUCCAUCUGAACAUUAAGUUACAUAGCUGAAGGGAGAAUUGUGUACAUAAAGUUCAGCCUUCCUCACAUUUGAAAGUUAUUUGGUUCAGCAUUAGAUGAACUGAUAAAACAAAUUUUCUGUACACAAAAGGCACUCAGGAAAGGAGGUUUUUAUUUGCACAAGCGUUUCAGCCCUGUUACAAAAGGAGAUAUAAUUACAGAGAAGAAAAGAACUGGUCCUUUUGUAAGUCUAAGGAUUUCAAGUCAUGGGAAAAGGGUUCUUCUUCCAUGUUUAAUAAAACCAGAAAAUUCUGAUACCAGAAGACCAAGACCACAAUUCCUCUUCUCCACUUAUGCAUGUCAAAAGGAAGAUGCUUUGCUUUCAGAAACUUGCAAAUUCAUAAACGCAUCAUAGUCCCCAAAUUCCAGGGUGUAUAUUCAAGAAUAUUCCUUGUAGAAAAAAAGACAAGCCCUUCAGACCCAUUCUAGAUUUAAAGACGGUCAAAAACUGUAUUCAUCACCAAAGCUUCAGAAUGGAAACCAUCCUAUCAGUAACCCAUGUUGCCAUCAGAUGAUUUUAUGGCAACUUUAGAUCUGAAGGAUGCUGAUCUCCAUGUUCCUAUAGCUCAAAGAUGGGGGGGGGAGGGGAGGAGUGAGUGAAGAUUUGCUAUAAAAAUGGCAGUUUUACAUUUUCAUUUUGUGGUUCUUCCAUUAGGCCUUUCUAAUGACCAAGAAUUUUGCAACCAUUCUUGCUCCGGUUGCCGCACUUUUAGAGAAAAGUGAAUUUUAUAGUUCCAUAUCUGGACGAUUGGUUCAUCAAGGCAAAAUAGUUUUUCCAUUUAAAGUAUAAUUUGAAGGUUACUCUGACGAGACUCGAACAUGGUUGGCUCAUAAAUGUUCAUGUAUUCCAACUUGAGAUUUAUCUCUAGUUUUGAAUGUCUGUGUGGAACCAUAUGAACCUCUGGAAGAAUGCUCAUUGAAACUUCUCACAUAAAUUGUUUCUGGUAGCUAUGGCCAAAAGAGGUUGGAAGAAAAUGCAAUUUCUGCAUCACUUGAAUUUACGGAUGUCUAUGAAGACAAAUAUUACCAACCUUCUGUCAGAAUCCUUCCUUGACCAACGAAUCUUGUUUUCAUUAUCUGGAUGUAAAAGAGCAUUUUCAGUCUAUCUAGCCAGGAAUAAUGAUUGUUGCAAUCAAAUUAUUUUUUCAAUAAUUACAGACAGCAUUUUAAAGGUCUUCAAAUAUCCAGGGCUUUCAUUGGUAGAUAGAUUACUGAAGCCAUUCAUAUAUCGUCUUCUUCCAAAGGUGGUGAUCUUUCCUGCAAAGUUAAGGCUCAAUGUACUAGUGCAACUUGAUCUUCAUGGCUGAAAUAGCAAUGCCAUCUCCAGAGGAUAUCCACAAGAUUGCCCACCUGAUCCUCUUCUUAUUCAUUUAUUCAUUUUUUUUUUUCUAAAAAAACUACAUGCUAGUAAUCUUAGCCUCAGAGGAAGCUUCAUUUGGAUGUUAGGUGUUACAGGUGGCGUGUUUUAAUUUCCAACUUCAAUUCUGGUCAAAUUCAGAGGUAAUUCCUAUUUAGAAGUCUAAAAGGGGUGGGGGUUGUUUAUCAAGUGUGUUUACAUUUAUAGGAGGCCUACUUUUCCCAAUUUGUAUACCUAAACAUCCCUCACAAACUGCAGCUAAAUACGAAGAAAAAAAUAAUUAAUAACUACAAUUCCUUUUUUUUUUUUUUUUUUUUAAAUAAAAAUUACCCUGGAAUAUGAUCUUUCUGAUAUUGGCAGCAUAACUAUCAAAGCACACUUCUGUGGAAUGCCAUUCCUUUGUUUUGGCAACUAAUUGACACUCAUUUGUUUAGUAUUCAUUGAAAAGUGUCUCUAAAUGUAAAUCUACUAAUAUUUUUGUUAAGGUAUAUAUGUGUUAUAUUUACUUGGAACUCUUGUUUUGUUCACUCUGAAAUGAAUUUACUAACUGGAACUGUGUAAAUACUGUUGUAUGACCAAACAGUAUAAACUUAGUCUUCAAGUUUGUGUUUGUCUGGUAUGUUAUACAAUGUAAAAGUUAAGGAGUAGCAAUUUGGGGAUCUGUGGUAGAUCCUGCAACACCGAUGCGUAUUUGAGUAGCUCUGUGAAAGAUCCAUAUUUUUUUUUUUUUUUUGAAGCAUCCUUUUAAAAAUUGGAGAGAUGGCUGAUGAUAAAUGAGCAAUUGCAAUAGUGAAUGGCACACUUAUCUAAACUGUUCACCGGAGCAAAUAGUCUGCAGCAUUAAAGGACCACUCUAGGCACCCAGACCACUUCAGCUUAAUGAAGUGGUCUGGGUGCCAGGUCCAGCUAGGUUUAACCCAUUUGUUCAUAAACAUAGCAGUUUCAGAGAAACUGCUAUGUUUAUGAAUGGGUUAAGCCUUCCCCUAUUUCCUCUAGUGGCUGUCUCAUUGACAGCCACUAGAGGCGCUUGCGUGCUUCUCACUGUGAUUUUCACAGUGAGAGCACGCCAGCGUCCAUAGGAAAGCAUUAUGAAUGCUUUCCUAUGUGGCUGGCUGCGCGCGCAGCUCUUGCCGCGCGUGCGCAUUCAGCCCAGGAGGAGGAACGGAGGAGGAGAGCUCCCCGCCCAGCACUGGAAAAAAUAAGUUUUUGCAUAGCCGGGCGGGAGGGGGACCCUGAGGGUGGGGGCACCCUCAGGGCACUAUAGUGCCAGGAAAACGAGUAUGUUUUCCUGGCACUAUAGUGGUCCUUUAACUCCAACACAGAAGAACCAGGUAAUCAAUAACUUGCAAAAAGGCAUCUUUUCAACUUAGUGGAUUGAUAAAGGCUCUGCAGAGUUUCAAUGUUGCCCAAGAAUUCUUCAGUUCAGUCUGAUUGCCUUGUCUGGAAAUCCAUAUUUGUCUUAAUAUUUUCUAAUUGCACGAUAGUUUUUCCUCAAAUGCAUGAGAGAUCCUCUUGUAACUUGAGAUUCCUUUUAAUGUAAGAAUGAGGUUUGUGACUUUGAUACGAUGUGCAGUAUAUAGGAAUUAAUUAUUUUAAAGGGACACUAUAGUCACCAGAACUACAGCUUAAUUGAUCUGAUGCAUAUAAUCAUUAUGUGCAAGCAUUUUCAUGUAAACACUGGGCUUUCAGAGAAAAGGCAGUGUUUACAUUGCCCCUAGGGACACCUCCAAGUGGCUACUCCUCAGAUGACCACUGGAGGUGCUUCCUGGCUCAGUGCUGCACAGUUGGCAGCACUGCCGUUAAGAGUCUCCACGCUCUGCAUGGGGACGCUGAAUUUUCCUUGUGGACAUGCAUUGAUUCAGUGCAUCUCUAUGAGGAGGUGCUGAUUGGCCAACGCUGCAUUUGGUUCCGCCCCUUGCCGAUUUUUAGACAAUCUAGUCCUUUCCCCGUGGGAAAUCAUUAAAUUGGCUAAAAACUGGCAAUUCUGAUGUCACUGGGUGGGCAGGGCCAGCGCCGGCAGACACGCGAGGCUCUGGAAAUGACGCAAGUUUUAUUAACUUUUAAGGGGGGCAAGACACCUAAAUGGUGGGUUUAGCAUUAUAGGGUCAGGAAUACAUGUUUGUGUUCCUUUAAAGACUAGCAGAGUAAAAAAAAAUGCAAAAUUAUUUACACUGUGGUUCUCAUUUAAUAAUAUUUGGUGCGUUUAAAAAUUUUUUUUAAUUGUAACACAUCGGGUCAAAGGGGAAAUUACUUCCAUUUUCAGUCAUAUGGGCUGAAACGGGUUUAUACCAUUUGGGAAUUGUAUAGGUACUAAGAAAAAAACAAAACCUUUUCAUCUGCCCAAGUCAUAAGUUUUUGAACAUGCCUUUGGGGGGGAAAAAAAGGGUAUCUGUUUGUUACAGAAGUUUAUCGCUGAUGUAUCAUGAACCUUGCUCAUAUAAAGCAAGAUGUGACUUGCCUAGGGUAAUCAGUAGAAGAGUGGAUGGGUCAGAAAUGUCUCUCAUGGGGGAUUAACCCAUUGCACUGCCCAUCUGGCACAAAUCUUUAAAAUUGUUGUGAUAUGGUAAAUUGUGCCAGCCAGGUUUUCUCGUGUUUGGGGUACUAUCCGAUUGGUGUUGGAGAGGCUAUGGUAGUAGAGAAAACUAUGCACAUGUAUGGUGGAAAUUCCCCUAACUAGAAGCCCUCUGAAAUUGUGUCUAGGCUUGUUUCCACCAUAACUGGAGCCUUAAUUUGGGUUUGGCCCAACUCCAUAUAUUUCCCCCUAUAAAAAUGCUAUUGAGUUACCGCUUUCUAGCAGCAAGAAAAAUUUAGUCCAUCUCUGACGAACUACCUCUGCCCUCUCCCUAGUCCAUAUCAUAAGCUGUGGGAACAAGUGUCUCACAACAGGAACAAUUACUUGAUUUGCUUUGGGAUUCUGGAGAUUCUAUGUUGCGACCUAUGGCUGAGAUUCUACUUCCCCGUUUCUUGCCUUAGACAUCCAUCUAGUGUGCUAGCACUACAACUGUUCUUUGUAUUCUUUUUCUUGUGUUCAGUCUUCAUUCCUUGUGGUGGUUAUUAAGGGCUGAAGAGAAAACGAAUAACUGUCGAAAUGGCUUGACAAUCGGUUGUAAUAGCAUAUGUGCCAUUAUGCUUAUUUUUUUUUUUUUUGCAUAGCUGUGAAACAAACGGAUUUAUUGCUUUGUUAUGGCACUCUCACAAUAUUUGUAUUGGGAGCCUGUACAUUGAUGCUAAAAUUUGCAAUCGGGAAGAAAAAAAAAGUAAAUACAUUUUUAAUUUGAAACAUGAAUGUUUCAUUUAAUUGAGAUCAUUGGGUGAUACCAUCUAACUAAACUGCUACUAUAGCAUAGCCAUGAAUGUGGAAGGACCAUCAUAGAGAUAUUUAUUAGCAACAUGAAGGAAGUAUUUAUUUUCCUCUUCAGAUUUAUGACAAAACCUUUUUUAUAUUGGUUUUUCAGAUUGUUUCCUGAAGGAUAUUGAAAUAAUCGAUCUUCAAAAUGUAGACUUGUAUUUGCGUUUACAAGCUGCCUUAUGUAAAGUAAUUCAUAUAAACGCUGUUCUUUUCCUUUUCACAUAUAUAUUUUAUUUAUAUAUUUAUAUAUAUAUAUAUAUGUGUAUAUGUAUAUAUGUAUAUAUAUAUGUGUAUAUGUAUAUAUGUAUAUAUAUGUGUGUGUAUAUAUAUAUAUAUAUAUAUAUAUAUAUAUAUAUAUAUAUAUAUAUAUAUAUAUAUAUGUAUGUGUGUUUUUUUUACAACUGUAUUUUUAUUUCUUUUUUUAUUUUAUUUUUUCUUCUAAUGGGGGAUCGGAGAAAUCAUUGGAAUUUUGUACCACAAUAAGGCAAGAAAACUACUUGUCUCCAAAGAAUCAAUUUCUAAAUCUGCACAGUGUUACUUUUUAAUGGAGGCUGUGUCAUUGAAGGAUAAUUUUAGUAUACCAGACUCUUAUCAAUGUUUAUAGUACCUAAGAGUUUUUCAUGAAGAUUGAUGCCUCAGUGGAUGCACUUGUCUGACAUCCCUGAUCUCUAUGGAAAAAAAUAAAAAAAGAUUUUGUUAGCCCCUGGAGGUGCUAAGGCUGCAGUGGCUGAAGCCCAUAAUGUUUGCUUAUGACUGCUUAAAGGAAAGCUGACACACGUUUAGAAAAACACACAUUUAUGUCUUUGUCACCUGUUUUGGGCAUUACAGGGUCUUUGGUUCAGCAAUAUUUGUUUGCACAAGUACUGGAUUAUAAAGUAAAGCAUUGCAUUUCUUGGCAUGGUUAGCAAGUUAAUACUUUAAUCACACUGAAAUCACCAACCUAAAUUUAAAGUCUUUACUGCAUAGACCAGCCACUGCUGGUACUUAGAAGACCAUCUUCCUUUUGCAUGUGAGAGUCUCCACUGAGUGACAGUCUGAGUUGUGCAUGCAUUCUGGUCAUUUUGCUUAAACUAUUGUGACAAUUCACUGUAAACCUGAGAUGGGGAAUGUAGUGAAUUGGAAGCAUUCUUUUGUUACCCAUUUCAGAAGGCUUUUGUGAGGUUAUAGUGGAAGGUUUAGUAACUCUGGAGAUGGAUCAGCAGGAUAGGCAUUGUAACCAAUUCAAUUAGAUGAAAUGGUUAUAGUGCCUAUAGUUAAUGCUGUACUUUAGUUGCCGUCAUCUCAGACAUGACCAUUCCAUUUUGUGUUUACUGCUCAGUGGUCGUUUUUAGGCACACCAUUGUUGCAUUUAUCCAGGAUUAGAAGCACCUUUACUUUUUUUAUGAAUUGCAAAUUUAUAACUGAUUAAUACUGUAUCUUGCUCAGUUGAGUAUUUUAACUGUUCAUUGAAAUCUAUUGUCAUAUACUUUAUGCUCUGUAUGCCACAUAUAUGAUGAUCUUACUACAAGUACCUAACCUAUUUGUUCUAAAUUUUUAGGUGGGCAGGUCUUACCUGUUGGCAAUGAAAAAUGCACUCAUCUGGUAGUUGAAGAAAGCUCUGUGAAAGAGUUACCUUUUGAGCCUCCUAAAAAGCUAUAUGUCGUAAAACAAGAGGUAAACCUACAAACUGCAUCUUCAAUUUGUCUUUCUUCACACAAAUUGCAAAUGUACUAAUAAUCCUAUUUUCAUUUUUUAAUAGUGGUUUUGGGGAAGUAUACAGAUGGAUGCCAGAGCAGGAGAAACAAUGUACCUCUUUGAAAAGGUAUGUCGUGGUGUGUUUUUAAUUUAAUUUUAUUUUUUUACCUUUUUGUUAUACUUUUUCUGAAUAUGGCUUUCCUUUCAGCCUGACAGCCCAGCUCUUAAAAAGUCUGUGUCCCUACUUUCGUUGAACACCCCAAACAGCAAUCGAAAGAAACGCCGCUUAAAGGAUACUUUAGCACACAUAACAAGAGAUACUGAUAUAUCGCCAUUUCCACCUCGCAAACGUCCUUCAGGUGACCAUUCAUUGUCUAUAGGAUCACUGCUUGAUAUCUCAAACACACCAGAUUCGGCAAAGUCCUACUCAGGUAACUUGGCUUCUGUUAAGUGUGUAUGUGUGUGGAUGGGGGGGUCUUUUUGGGUUUUUCUGAUUUUUAUUAACGUAAUUAGGCUUUGGGGAUGUGUGAUUUUAUUUAAAAAAAAAAAAAAAGUCAUGGUUAGAAAAGUGAUGCAAAGUCUUUAAUAUAAUGUAAUUAAUCUCUACAUUAGAAGGAAAAGCACAAAAUAGAACAUAUAUAUAAAAAAAAUUUUUCACCACAAUGCUGAUAAUUCAAAUCCAUAUAAUCUAAAACAGAGCUCUGAUAUGUCAGAGUACAUGCUUGUUAUGGGACUCUGAAAGGAUAUGUUAUUUGUUGACAAUAAUCAGAUCCUUGCGUUUUUGGGCUAUGCUUUGUGUGCAGGCCUGUAGCAAAAUUAUAUUUGGAAUUGCCCAAUUACAAGCAGCAGCACUCCACACAAAAUCCAUUAGACACUUGAUAUGAUUUCACUAUAUAUUCAUAUUUGUAUUUAUCAUUUGCAUAGAAGGCAGUCUAUUUGAUUCUAUUAACCUCUUCCUUUGUCGUUGAUUUUACCAAGCUUUUGUUUUUUUGUGUGGACUUUUAAUUUGUAUUUAUAUUAUAUAUUUUUUUUUUCUAUCUUAUUUGCCUCAGGAGCAAUUGCCUUCAAGUUUUAAGUUUAAUGAUUCUGAAAAUUAAAUAGAGUAUAGGGUAUUGAUUCCUAGAAACAAAGUUGCAACAUUUUGCCUGGCAUUAUAGAAAGUCAUAUGAUUUUUAAAUAUGCCACAAACUACAUGUAGCCUUGCUGUAAAUACUUGUGGUACCAUUCGAUGGAGAAAUGCACUACAUAGCUAAAAUAUCAAGUUGGCUCGCUGGGGUGUUACUUGGUGGGGAAAAAGACAAAGGGCUUCAGUCCAAGGGUAUAUGUUAUGCCCCCUGCAACAUAUAUUAACCUUUUUGUAAUUCCCAAAAUCUAAAUCAUGUUUUAUGAAUUACUUUGACACCAAAAUCUUUGUGUGUAUAUAUGUGUGUAUGCUUAUUAACUCCACAGCUGCUAUUUUAACCCGCAGCCUUCGCUCCAAGAUUCUCCAUUAAGCCUGCAUCCACAGCAAUCCUGCCACACUUUGCUGUAUAAUCAACUCCACAGACAGUGCAAUAAAGUGGCACUUUAGCAAAUUAUGCAACUGGAGGUUAUAUUUAUUAUAGUCUGUGGGACAGAAUCUGUUCUCUCUAUAGAGUCUGUAAUAUUAUAGACUGUGGGACAGAAUCUCCACAAAAAUUGAGUCACUGCUAAGUGUUUGAGUGUCAUUUAGUUCCAGACCAGUAGUUUGCCCUCCUUGCAAAGCUCACAGCAAGUGCAGACCACUUUAAGCACUCCUGAUUCUGGUGCUCCCUAAAUAACUUGAAGUACAGCCACCGGGUUCCCCAGUUUGACUCGAACUCAUCACUUUGCAAUUGGACUGCAAGGAGCGAUUAGUGUUCUGCACCCACUAGAGGCGCAACCAUGUGCGCCUCUACUGGACCUUCAGGAAAGUAAGCUGAAUAGGGGCUAAAUAGAGAGCAUCUCUACAGAUAUAUAUAAUGCAGAGCUUGAAUAGACCACUUAUCCACACAUUACGAACAGUCAACCUGCGCUACACCACACUCAUUAUACACAGCCAGCUUAAACACAUGAUUUGAGUGUGCAUAGAGAUGAGACACUGUCAUGGACUCUAAGCAGGAAGCCACAUUCUAUUAAAUUGAAAUAAUUGUGUUUUUGGUGAAGUAAAUUCUCAUGAAAAUUAGAUUGGGUUACUGCUUUAGAUGUGUUAACUUUCAUACCUCCUGUCAUGUUUAGUAGUGAGGCACAAAUAAGGUUCUUAUUUCAGUUGUAACAAGAGUUUGUAUAUUUAUAGAAGACUUUUUUUCUUCUUUCUUUUUUUUUUUCUUAAACAAAAUUUUAUAAAGUGAUGUUAUGCCAAUGUAAUUGUCAAAGCAUUUAUUUGAACAUUUAGAACUUGCUUUUCAGACACUCCAAAGACUGGUGCAAAAUCAUCUAAGUUUCACACCCCUGCUCCUCAAAAACAGUCAGCAAGGUGGCAGGUUGCUAUGGAAUUAUAUCAGACUGAGAGCAAUUAUGUUGACAUUCUCACUACAAUAGUACAGGUAAAAUGUUUAGUAUUAAAAAUAAAUGUCAUAUAGCAGUGUAAAACUCAGAUUUUAAGUGUUUGCCAUAAAUAAUAUUGCUAACAAUGAGAACUUUUUAAUCAAUUUUGAUUUUUGUUGAUUUUUGAGAUUAAUAUAUUAAAGUCAAUCUUCAAUAGAAAAGAGAACCUUAUUAACUCUACAAUAUAUUUUCAGCUUUUUCAAAUUCCAUUAGAAAAAGAAGGGCAAGUUGGAGGGCCAAUCCUUGCUCAAGAAGAAAUCAAGACUAUAUUUGGUAGUAUACCAGAUAUUCUUGAUGUGCACACUAAAAUGAAGGUACUUCCUCCUCUUCUCACCUCCCCCCUCCAAUUUGUAUGUUUUGUUUUUUGUUUGGUCAUGAUUUUUUUUUUUAAUACAUAUUGGGGGAUUGGGAUGGUAAUUACUUUUGAUGGUUUUUUCAGAGUGACUUGGAAAAACUAAUGAUGGAGUGGACAGAAAGCAAAAGUAUUGGUGAUGUCAUUCUUGCCUAUGUGAGUAGUUUUUCUUAUUUAUUUUUUUUUCUUCAACAAUGUUUCUCCAAUCUAAAAGAACAGACAAACUAAGAGGCCAGUUUUUAAUGCAAGGAUGAUCUGUAGAUGACUGCUCAUUAUGUACAGAGCCAUACAAUAGGCGUCAUCAAAAAUGCAUCUUGCUCUAAAAUACUAUGUUUUUAAAAAUUGUGUAACUUGGAGACUGACACAUAAAUAUAGAAUAUCUUUCAUAAAUUCAGAUUGAAAUAUAAUUUUAUUGAAAUUAAUGCAUUUAGAAGUUAGACAUGAACACAGGGCUUACAAUAUGAAUGCCUGCUCAAGUAGUAGCCUACUCGGAAAAUGAGAAACUCUACGUGCCAGGGCUAAAUUUUCUCUCUAGUGGCAUAUUAUGAUGCAAUUCCAAAAUGACUACUAUUGCUUUCAAAAACUGUGUUCCUGACCCUAUAGUGCUCCUUUAAACUGACAAACAUGUAUUCCUGACCCUAUAGUGUUAAAACCACUAUCUAGCCCCCUUGGCCCCCUUUGCCUCUCUAAAGAUAGUAAAAUCUUACUUGUAUUCAAGUAUGAAGCUGCUGCCUCUGCCUGUGAAUAUCAUCAGAAGUGGUGGCCUGAUCCAAUCACAAUGCUUCCCCAUAGGAUUGGCUGAGACUGACAAGGAGGCAGAUCAGGGGCAGAGCCAGCACAAUUAAAACAGCCCUGGCCAAACAGCAUCUCCUCAGAUGAAUUGAAUCAAUGAAUCUCCUAUGAGGAAAGUUCAUUGUCUGCAUGCAGAGGGAGGAGACACUGAAUGUUUGGCUGCAUAUUAGGCAGCCAUGGCCCAGGAAGGAUCUCUAACAGCCAUCUGAGGUGUGGCUGGUGAAGUUAUCACUAGGCUGUAAUGUAAACCGAUCAUUUUCUCUGUAAAGACAGUGUUUACAGCAAAAAGCCUGAAGGUAAUGAUUCUACUCACCAGAACAAAUUCAAUAAGCUGUAGUUCUGGUGACUAUAGUGUCCUUUUAAGCAGCAUGUACAUCUAAACCGUUUUAUUUAGGUGUAUAUGUCUGGCCAUAUUAUAAUUUUUUUUAACUGUAAUUUCUGUGACCGUUCCACUUUAACAUCAAAUAAAGCUUUGUAUUUUUCAGUCAGUGUUAUCACAUUUAUUAAUACGAACUGGUGUUCUCCAAAAUAUUAAUACAAUAAUGUAUUGUAUGCUUCAUAGAUCGAACUAGUAACCAUUGUAAUUCCACUAGUAAACUGUUUGGGGUCCACUAAUCCAUCCCUCAUCUAAAACCAAGAAACUAGAAUUUUAUAUAAAGCUAUGUAAAACUAUGAGCAGGAAGAAAAUCCUUGGUGCAUUAAAAGCCCAGGUAAUUGAUCACACAUUCUUUGGGAACUUGCUAAAUUUAAAUGUGGCAUUUUUAUAUGAAGUCCUUGAUCAUAAAGGUUAGGUGCUGGUAUUUGGUGAGUCUCUAGUGUAGUUAUUUUGUUUUUGCCAACAGAAGUCUGCAUUCAGUUUAUAUUUGUAAAUAAAAAAUAACUUUUUCAUAUUUCUAAAUAUUUGAAAGUGUUCUUUUUUUUUUCUCUUUACUCUCUUUAAAAGAAGUAACACAUACUGUCAUGUUUGAUCUUAAACAAUCUGUCUUUUCAGUCUAAAGACCUGGUGAAAACAUACCCACCUUUUGUAAACUUUUUUGAAAUGAGUAAGGAGACCAUCAUACAGUGUGAAAAACAGAAGCCAAGAUUUCAUGCUUUUCUUAAGGUAUGCCAUUGAUACAUUUUGUUAUAAAGUAGCCAUUUGGCUAUUAAUGGUCAGGGGCUUUAAUGCACUACUAUUUAAAGGGGAGUUUGAACCAAAAGCGAUGGUUUUAAUAAAACUUUUUUUUUUAUUAUUGGAGUGACUUAUGCUGACACAAGCUCCCCUGUUCCAGGCUGCUAAUAACGAUGCCCGUAGUAACUCUGCAUACAGAUGCAAAACAUGACCACAAUCAAAUGUUUUCUAGUGCAUAAUAGGAAUGCAGGCAUUUGUAACUUUUCUAGUUUGCCACACAUCACCAGCGCCAGUUUCUGCAUUCAGGACUUAAAUGCUGUACUCCAUCAGAUUAAAAUUGUCCUUUAUUCAAAAAUAAUUAAUUUGAAGACCUGAUCUGAGCAAUUGCCAUGUGUGGUACGAAACUCAUUAGUGUUUGUGGCCGCUCCUCGCACAUUAUGCCCAAAUAUCUAAGUUUGCUUUUCAAUAAAGUACUGAUUUUAAUCAGGUGAUGGGAUGCAGCAUUUAAAGGGUUGCUUCAACCACCAUGACCACUUCAGUGAUUUGAAGUGGAUAUUGUGGUAGUAUGUAUGUGCAGUGUUUCUGCUUGAUACACUGCACAUAUGGAGUUACUCAUUUAUUUUUUCAUUUUUUUUUUUUUUUAACUUUAUUUUUGUUGUGCAAAAGUUAACACAUGAGCUUGUGCUGUCAGAACUGCCUUAGCAAACUUAGCAAUAACACAGUACAAAACAUUGUCAUGGCACUCAGAGAAAACACACAAUUUUUAGGAUUAAGAUUAAAUUACACGGUGCAUGUAGCAGAAAUGUGAGAGAUAAGAUGAGAAAACAUAGAAAGCACAUAUCUGCACACUCAAACAUUUUAACUUUACCACUGGUUGUUGAAAUACAUAGACCAGAUACUCCAGGCUGUUGAUUUGGCUGGGGGAUAAGAUUAAAACAAAGCAAAUAGACUAAAUGUGAACAGUACAUCUAACAACUGGCAUGGUGAAUAAGUAAGCCCCAACUCAAGGCCCAAGGUGAGGGCUCUGGAAUAUGUACAGGAGGGACUGUCAGCCUAUGCCUAAAUUGGGCAUCAUUGUAAUAUACUUGCUGUGUCCAUUAUCAAUAUUGCAGCCCAUAUAAGCAUCCCCUCAUGGCACCUUUUUGUUCGCUAGCCAAUCUGUGUGUCUUGAUCCUAAGGGUAUCCAGUGCCACAGACCCGCUUUUCCGUGCCCUCAUGUUCUGCUCUCGAGGCAUGUUUAGCCGGACGUCGUCUCGCAGAGGCGUCAACGAGGUGCACUCACCCGGUUAGAGAUCGCCCACUUCUCCAGUCACCGGACGCACCAGGCUGCAGAGCCAGAGCAACACAAUUCUGACGGUCGGUCUGCAGCUUUGUGUCACUGUUUGUGUCGCUUUUAAGCAAUUUUGCCUUAAUUAGUGGUUUAGAAGGCCAGAGCUGUGAUAAACCACGUCUGGACAUCUUGAGUGUAAGGCCCCGCCUCCUCAUAUUGAGUUAUUUUUAAUUGUGUGAUGGGGGCUAGUUGAACCCUGAACACAUCACAUCAGACGGAGGCGUGUAAGUCGGCGCCAGAAGCUUAAUCUGCCACUGGGUGUCAGGUAAGUAAAACUUUAUUAUACCACUUAUUCUGCAAACUGAUGGGGGACUAUAUUAAUAGUGCCCAUUAAGGGUUCAUUACAUUUUUAAUUUUUUUUUCUUCUUGAAUAGCUUCUCUUAUUGCACAUUUUUUUUUUUUUUACUUAGACAUUCUUCUACCCUCUUAAUUGCUUGCUAGAGAAAGCUUGAUUAGGGAUUUAUAAACAAAGUGAUUAACUUUAACCAGAAAACUGGGAUAAAGGUUAGAUUUUACUAUAUUUCGGGUGAUAAUGGGGAAGGGGGCUAAAUGGUGUUCUUAACACUAUAGGAUCAGGAAUACAUGUUUAUGUUCCUAACCCUAUAGUGUUGCUUUAAGAUUUAUUUAUUUUAUUUUGCACUAGUGGUGUUUUAGGCAAUGUGACUGCUGCAAGUUGCGGAGUAAAGUGGCUACCAAAUUUUGGUUGAUUAGUUGGAUAAUACCCAUAUCACCUGUGUCUGAGUACAAUAUGGAAAUUGAUAUUUUGUUCAGUUUUAACAUUUUAUUUAGGUUUACAAUUAAAAUGUUAGACGGUGUGAAUCUAUAUAUGUUUUUCUUUUCUUUUUAGAUUAAUCAGGCCAAGCAAGAAUGUGGACGACAAACUUUAGUCGAGCUAUUAAUUCGACCUGUUCAAAGGUUGCCAAGCGUUGCUCUUCUUCUCACUGGUAACUUAGCAUUUUCCAGUCAUAUUAUAUUAAUGUAAAAAUAAAUCUGUACAACUGAUAUGUAAUGGUGCAUGGUACAAGGGAAGAUUAACUUUGUUUUAAUUAUAACUUUUGUAGACCUAAAAAAGCAUACAUCUGAUGAUAACCCAGAUAAGAUUAUGCUGGAGAAAGCUAUUGACUCGUUAAGAGAAGUCAUGACGUAAGUAACCAUUUUAAGUAACCAUAUGUCUAGAAGACACUUUUUUUUUUUUUUUUUUUUUUUAAACCCCUUAAGGACCAAACUUCUGGAAUAAAAGGGAAUCAUGACAUGUCACACAUGUCAUGUGUCCUUAAGGGGUUAAAUACAUUUCACAUUUUAAGAUAUGAAACAUGGAAACAUUUCAGGGAUUCUUACAUUCUUUUAUCCGAGGUCCAAGUGAGAUGAUUUUUGUUUGAAGCAGUCGUCAAGCAUAUUGGCCUUCUCAAAUGAGGACUAUGAAUAGCCUCCUAAUGGCAAUUUUGUCGUCAUUAGGCCCAUUAUAAGCUGAAGAUUAACGUGGAAAACAAGGAUUGACAUCUCCUAUUUUUAAAUAUUAGUGAGAUUAAUGCCUUCUGUCUGUGUAGCACUUUCAUGACAAGUCCCCACUUGUCCUUAUGUAUAACUUUGAAAUAAAGCAUUUUUAUUCAUAAAGAGGGGUGCAACUUAAAGGACCACUAUAGUGCCAGGAAAACAUACUCGUUUUCCUGGCACUAUAGUGCCCUGAGGGUGCCCCCACCCUCAGGGUCCCCCUGCCUCCCGGCUCUGGGGGAAAGGGGUAAAAACUUACCUUUUUCCAGCGCCGGGCGGGGAGCUCCCCUCCUCCGAUCCUCCUCCUGGGCUGAAUGCGCACGCGCGGCAAGAGCUGCGCGCGCAUUCAGCCCGUCGCAUAGGAAAGCAUUUACAAUGCUUUCCUAUGGACGCUUGCGUGCUCUCACUGUGAAAAUCACAGUGAGAAGCACGCAAGCGCCUCUAGUGGCUGCCAAUGAGACAGCCACUAGAGGCUUUGGGGGAAGGCUUAACCCAUUCAUAAACAUAGCAGUUUCUCUGAAACUGCUAUGUUUAUAAAAAAAAUGGGUUAACCCUAGAAGGACCUGGCACCCAGACCACUUCAUUAAGCUGAAGUGGUCUGGGUGCCUAGAGUGGUCCUUUAAGUUGGAUUUGGGACAUGCUAACAUUCAUUGAAAAGAAAAAGAGCUGCUUUAAGUUUGCUAUAUUUAACUAUAUGAUGUAUACUUGACUAGCUGCCUUAUGUGAAGUAUAUGGCUUGCAUGCUGACUUAAUGCAUUUUUAUUUAUCUUAAAGAAUAAUGCCUUUUGUACUGCAUGUUGGACUUUUUGCCUAAUUUGUCACUUAAUGUGUGUGUAUUAGAUCCUUGCCUAUUUAACCCCUUAAGGACACAUGACGUGUGACAUGUCAUGAUUCCAUUUUAUUCCAGAAGUUUGGUCCUUAAGGGGUUAAAUGAAAUGAUUCCACCGAUCAUAGCCUCUCUGAAAUGUUGUUUUUCUCCCUGUAUACUGGAUUUAAAUUGCAUGUACACUUAAAUUGCUAUACUACAUAUGUCUCGUACCAUUUUCAAUACUCUUAGUGCAAGCAAUAGUUGCAGAAUGAACAAAUUACAUAAACUUGUAGUCUAAUCUAUGCAACCAUUAAAAAUAAAUUAUUCUAUAUGAGCAAUAUUUUGUUCUUACUGCAAUCUAUUGUUUUGCUGCUCUUUCUCCUUUUAUUAUGGAGUGGGAUCAACUAUUUUGCCGUUAUGAAAGAGGAUAAAUUGUUAAAUGUCCAAUUUAGAACAUAUUUAAUUUCUAACCUACAGUCAUAUUAAUGAAGAUAAAAGGAAAACUGAGGGACAGAGGCAAAUUUUUGAAGUGGUUUAUGAGGUGGAUGGCUGUCCAGUAAGUAUUUCAUAUCGGUCACAUCUAUAUCUUGUUACAUAUAUGAUAUGGUUUCAAGUCUAAAUGGUAGUUUAAUUGUUGUAAAGCGGCUCUGUCACUUUCCAGGGUUUUAGCUAUUUUUGCAGUGACUGUUUUGCUUGGUGUCCACUGGUGUAAGUGAAGCUGAAUUUUACUCAUAUGAACGUGUCCCUUGCAGCUGCCGCCAUGUUCUCUUUAGUUCCUGGCACUUCAUCUGCCAGGAGCCCGGGGCAGGAGUGGUCCAUCCCUGGUGACCUAUGGUAUGGGGGUUAAACACCUGGCAGCAGACUAGUAGGAGAUGGACACAGUAUACCCUGCAAAAAUACGACUUAUCUGUGUUCAUUUACUAAUCUCAAACUGAUUUAAAUGCAAUUUAGAGGAAACUGAACUAAUGAAAGAGAGCCUUAGCUGCUCUGUAGUGGUCAAGGUAGAAUUUAAGUUAAUUUGUGCUAUUUAGCAAGUGAACAGGGAGUCCAUCGGACCCAGUCGACACGUUGUGGGGUGACUGGGGGAGAUCAGUAAAACAGGCGUCACUUAUAAAGUAUAGUUACUUUCGAUAAUCAGUCUAUAUUUGUAGAUAGUAGUCACUCUGGUGUAUUUAAAAUGUUUACACUUUUCAUUUAAUCUAUUACGAACAUUGCCCAUAUCUGCUGGUUGUCUGCUGAUGUUACUUGUUCUGUGCAUUUUUUCCAAAUGUGUUUUAUUUAAUUUUUUUAAACCAGCUUCACCAUUUCACCAUUUUCAAACCCUUAAUGAAAAUUCGUAUUAAAAAACAGCCACUUCUAUAAUGAGGUAUUGACACUUAUUUAAGUGGUAAUUCAUUUAAACUUAACCUGCAUUUGCGUUAUUUCUUUAAACUGUUUUAUGGAAAUGUUUUCUGAUAAUGUUCUCACUUUAAAGAAUAGUAUAGCUAUUAGACUUAAUUUACACCCACCUACUCCCCCCAUCCCUCCCCCCCCACACACCCACUGUUAAUAUUUUUAUGAUAGCUGAUAGCCAAGGACAAAUGGGAGAGAUCUGAGCUUAUGCCUUUAAACACAGCUCAGCUUAAAAUAUUACUUAACUAUUUUCCCAUAUAUCUCCCUUAAACUGAUUUGAAACACAAAAAAGGAGUGCACAUUUUGAUAUCUAGUGCUGCUAAAAACGAUGUAGUUGAAUCUUGUAUACUUUAUGUAUAGACAUUCAUUCUGCUUAUCUAUUUACUAGAUCUAAUCCGUUUUAAUUUGUGGAAAUGCAAUUGAAUUCUGGUGCCAUUUAACAUCCUAUAUUAUAGGCAAAUCUGUUAUCCUCUCAUCGCAUGCUAGUACAGAGAGUGGAAACCAUUGCUCUUGGUGAUGAACUUUGUGACCGCGGAGAACAAGUUACUCUUUUCCUAUUUAAUGACUGUCUUGAGGUAAGGCUCUAUUCAAUUUAAUAUAUGAACAUGUUUGGCAAUCGUGGGUUACUAUGAGUUUAAAUGUAAAACAAGCUAGGUCCUUGACCUAGAUCAGAUUGCAUGUAGUUGGAUUGAUCUCCUUGGUUUCACCUUCAAGGUAUUCUUUAGUAAACUGUGUUGCUAAAUGUAAACAAACCGUUGUGCUUCCUGAAAACAAAUUAUAGUAAGGUUCUGUUUUUAUGGUCAUAGCUUGUGAAAACAUUAGUUUGAAAGGAAAACUGAAAACCACAAUACCCAUUUUGUCUAAAUAAAAGGAAAACUCAUCUCAAUGAAGUGGUCUGGGAGCCAUGUGUCCCACUCCCUCCCUUUAACCCUUCAAUUGAAAACAUUGCUGUUAUGCAUUGUUAAACUGCCUCUGGCGGCUGUCAGUAUUUUAAAAUAGUAGUGUAAAACUCUGCCACCUGGUAACUGGAUAUCAUCUGAUUGACAUGACAUUUUGUGGAGCAUAUGCACUAGCCUCUCAAUGCUUUCCUGUGGGCCAAAUUGCUGAUUUGAGCAAAAUAGGUGGAGCGACAGAGGAGACCGGUGAAGGUGGGGGAAAAAAAGUACCGUAUUUUUCGCUCCAUAAGACGCACCUAGUUUUUAGAGGAGGAAACCCAGAAAAAAAAAAUACUCUGAACAAACUGUCCCAUAGUAUUUCUUAACACCCCCCCGUCCCAUAGUGUUCCUUACCACCCACUCCCCUCCCCUGUCCCAUAGGGAUUUUUAACCCCCCCUCCCCUGUCCCAUAGUGUUUAACCCCCUCCCCUCGUCCCAUAGUGUUUUCCCCCUCCCCUCGUCCCAUAGUGUUUUCCCCCUCCCCUCGUCCCAUAGUGUUUUCCCCCUCCCCUCGUCCCCAUGGUUUGACCCCUCCCCUGCAGUCCCAGGUGUUCCCCCCUCCUGGGUCCCAUAGUGUUUCCCCCUCCCUCGUCCAUGGUGAACCCCCCCUUCCUGAUCCAUAGUGUUUCCCCCCUCCUGGAUCCCAUGAGUGUUUCCCCCCCUCCCUCGUCCCAUAGGUGUUUCCCCCCUCCUCGUCCCAUGGUGUUUCCCCACUCCUAAGUCCCAUGGUGUUUCCCCCCUCCUGGAGUCCCAUGAGUGAACCCCCCCCUCCUGUUCCAUGGUGUUUCCCCCUCCCCUGGGUCCCAUGGUGUUUCCCCCCCUCCUGGAGUCCCAUGGUGUUUCCCCCCUCCUCGUCCCAUAGUGUUCCCCUCCUGGUCCAUAGUGUUUCCCCCCCUCCUCGUCCACAUAGUGUUUCCCUCCUAGUCCCAUAGUGUUUCCCCUCCCUCGUCCCAUGGUGUUUCCCUCCUGGGUCCAUGGUGUUUCCCCUCCCUCGUCCCGCUGGUGUUCCCCCCCCUCCUGGAUCCCAUGGUGUUCCCCCUCCUGGGUCCCAUGGUGUUUCCCCCCCUCCUGGGUCCAUGGUGUUUCCCCCCACUCCUGGUCCAUGUGUUUCCCCCACUCCCGUCCCAUGUGUGUUUCCCCCCCCUCCCUCGUCCCAUGUUGUGUUUCCCCCUCCCUGGGCCAUGUGUGUUUCCCCUGGGUCCCAUAUUGUGUUUCCCCUCCUGGUGUAUUUGGCAGGUUCCCCCCUCCCACCUCGUCCCAUAUUGUGGGUUCCCCCUCCCCUAGUCCCAUUGGGUCCCCCCCUCUCCGGAGUGCGCACUUCCUUUCGUUCCGGACGGAAACUGAAAUUUAAGUUCUUGUACUGCGGUGCACGCUUUUCUGCCAGCCCACACUACAACACAGGUAAGUAAAGCUUCACAUUCGCUCCAUAAGACAGACAUUUCCCCUCAGUUUUGAGGGGGAAAAAGUGCAUCUUAUGGAGCGAAAAAUACAGUAAGUAACCAUUUAAUGUUAAAACCCUGGCAGUGCUGGCCUUGUCAUCUAAGGAUGACCAGGGCACAAUAGCUUUGGUAAUACAAAUAUGUAUUCCUAAUGCUAUAGUGUUCCUUUAAUUAACAUUGUCUUAUGUCAAUGCAUCUUCAUUUAAGUAUUAUACAAUCUUCUAGACCAAGGGUGUUGAAUUGUAACCCAAGAAGCCUCUGUUGAACUGGACGGCCCAUACAUCUUUACUAGCGCUUCUAUUUCCUGUUCUUGGUUAAUAUACAAAUCUGACUGAAACUGCUGUAUUUCCCCAUACUCUGCCUAGGUCAGUGUGUCUAGUAUUGCUGCACAUUUCUCUCUUCCUAAGACUCUGCAACCAAACACACUUUGUAGGUACACAUCUUUCAUUUAACUUGUGUUCCGUGUUACUUUUCCAUUUUUAAGUUUUUAGACAAGGCUGUGAAAGCAAUCUGUAUAAUGAAGUUUAAAACCACCUACAACUCCCUUCUAGUGCUUAUAUGCAUUGGGCUCACUGGAGUUGAGUCUGCCCCAAUAUGGACAUCCUAUCGAUAUUCCUAGAUUUGAAGAAUGCUUUCUAUAUUACUACAACUGGAUUUUCUUUCUAUAUUAACAAGGCGAUAAGAAUGAAAGCUAUUUUAUCAAAAUAUCAAAAUUUACAGUUUUUUUUCCUCGAGCCUAGGAUGUGGGUUGUGGGAACUAUUAAAAUAGAGAGAACCUUUGACAUCAGCAUGUUUCUUAUAAGUAUUGGUGACUACCCUUCCCUUUUCUCUCCUCUCAAAAAUAAACCAAAAAAUAAAGUUCACAGUACCAACUGAAGGACAGCCCAAAACUAUUAUAUAACCAUGAGACACAGUUCCUAAUAUCUUCCAUAUCCCCCUCCCAUACUAUUAAAAUUUUGUUAAGCAAGUGGUGAUAGGUCAGGUUUGGGGAUUGAAUAAAAUAAUUGUUUUUUUAAAUAUGUAGAAUUAUUUUAAUUUUUUUUAAUUUAUACAUUGUAAUAAAGGGAAUAUAUCUUUCUAGAUAUGUUUGUAUGCUGUUCAGAACAUCAUUUUAAAACUUUUUUAACCCCUUAAGGACACAUGACAUGUGACAUGUCAUGAUUCCCUUUUAUUCCAGAAGUUUGGUCCUUAAGGGGUUAAAUAAGCAGUUAUUUAAUGUUUUGUUUUAUUGUUUUAUGCAUGUUUAAUAGUUAUUCACUAAUGCUUAUUUUUGCAAUUGUGUAUACAUUUAAGAAAUAUAGUAAGCGCUCAACUCCGGUAGGUAAUCCCUUGUGUUAUAAACAUGCACUAUUUAAAGCAGGGUGAAAGAGUGGGUUAGAAUCCUUGUUACCAUAUGAAGAUUAUACUUACAAAUAGAAAAAAACCCACAGCUCACCAUUUCAUGCAAACAUAUUUAUUUAAUUAGAUACAAUAUAUCAUGUCAUAAGUAUACAAUCAAAAGUGCAAUAAAGAUAAAGUGCAAAGUAUCCACACCUUAAAGGACCACUAUAGUGUCAGGAAAACAUACUUUUUCCUGGCACUAUAUAAUCCUUAGGUCCCCCCACCCUCAGAGCCCCUGCUGGGCUGAAGGGGUUAAAACCCACUUACCUUUAUCCAGCGCUGGUGACCUCUCCUCUCCCUCCGACGUCUGCUCCAGAGUGGAGCCGAAUGCGCAUGCAUGGCCAGAAAUGCACGCGCAUUUAAACCACCCAUAGCAAAUGCAAUUUUCGCAUUGAGCGUCGGGGAAGAGCCUCUUGCAGCUGUCAGGAAGAAAGCCACUAGAAGCUGGAUUAACCCUGAAAUGCAGGGUUAAAGCCUGGGGGACCUGGCACCCAGAUCACUUCAUUGAGCUGAAGUGGUCUGGGUGACUAGUGGUCCUUUAAUCCACAUAAAGUGCAUUCUAAACUAUAUACUGACCUAGGGCUGGAGACAAAAAUAUCCCAACAUUACGGCCAUUCUCUGUUAUAAAGCUAUGCCAUGCUUAUGCUGUGCUCUUCCACUUCCCGCCCCAAUGUGAAGGUCGGAGGUGAUUUCUCUUACCUUUAUUCCCUUGCAGUGCCGGUCUCCGUGGCUGUCCCACCUCCUUGGUUUAUAUUACCAAGAUUAAUGAUCUCUGCCAAUCCAAUGCUUUCCUCUAGACAAGAAUUGAGGCUAGUGCCCAUUCUCAACAAAACACCAUGUUGUAGCAACCAGACUGUCUCAGAAUUCAGCCAUUUCUAUUAAAUGGUUUCAAAGCGGCAAUUUCAGAGGAAUCUCCUCUAGUACCGAUCAGGGACAGGCACUAGAGGCAUUUGAACACUGCAGUGUUUAAGCAGACUGGGACAUAGCACCCAGACCACUUAAUUUAAGUGAAGUGGUCAGGGUGCCUGAAGUGUUCCUUUAACUUUAUGGAUUUAUGAUAAAGUGCACAUUUUAUCAGUUAUUUUAAUGAGCUGGGUGGUGGACCGCCUAACACCCCAUCUGGGUGCCUCUGCUAAUCGCUGCUUCCUAGUGCUUACCGAGUACCACAAGCACUGCACCAGACCCCAUCAGCACCAUAGUUCUCCUUUCCAGCGUUACAUCUUGGCUGGGGUCUCGCCGUCCUCCACCCACCCUGGAGCCAAGACUAGGAUCCAGCUUACAGUGGGCAGACCUCUCCUAUUCCAGAGUGUGUAGCAGACUGCUCUUUCAAGAGCAAGUGAUUAUAACCUAGAGGAGUAUAGUGAUAUAACAAUCCCCAGGGUAGAUACAGCCGUUUCCCCCACACAUGAGCUCUAUGUUGAGGGUAAGCAGGAACUGAAUUUAAUGGUACCACACUUGGUCUUUUAUGACAAUACCCAUGCAAGGGACACUCCCCCCUGGACCUGAGAAUAAACCACAGCAGAAACAAAUACACGAUUACAUUGACUUUCAGAUCCAGGUCACUGUACCUGGGAGAUAAACGAGUCAAGUACUGUAUUAACUCCAUUAUCUCCAGACACACACAUUUUUAUUAAACCCCCAAAAUACCUUUAAAACAUACAAAACCCCCACAAAAGUUACAUCCACUGAUAGCCCCAAUCUGCAUGAACAACAUAUCCAAAAAUCACCUAGAUUGGUUCAGGAAUUUCCUGGAAGUCAUAGUUUUGGCCGACCGCAUGCAUGGUCCCAUGCCCAAAACAGUUCCAUAGAAUCGCGGCUAAGUGCCGAAAAUAGUUCCAGGGCAUGCAGUCCCCCUGAAGUCUAUUCAUGUGAAGGGAGGGAGCCAGGGAGCUAGCGUUCGGUUCUAUGGAAAGUGCUGAACCAGGUGGAAUAAAAUAUGGUCUUUAAAGUCAUUGACCUAGCCCAUAGUGUUUUGGCAGGAACCACAGACAAAAUUUGGGAUACGGCUGUAUAAUCUAUAGAGAGAACAUAUAAAGAAAAAACACAAUAGUGUAAUACAAUAUAUACAGUGAAUCUUGCGCUUUAAAUGAAUGCACUCACAAGAUGAUGAAAAAGAGCUUUCAUAAGGUGAACAAGCAGGCCCCUCCAAAAGCCCAUGGAGAGGUUCUGUUCACCACAAGCUGUAUUGUGGUUCUAUUAAAAUGGGUAAUUAGCCCCUGUCAGGGUUUUUCUUUUUUCUAUGUGUAAUAAGUUGUAAGCCUAUCUUAUAUAUUCGUGCUACCUUUUAAAGGCACACUAUAGGCACCCAGUUCACUUCAGCUAAUUGAAGUCGUCGGGGUGUACAGUCUCUAUAGCUUAGUGCUGCAGUGUUAAAAAUUUCAGUUCCAGGGAAUCUGCAAUGUUCAUAUUGCAGCACUAAGUCUGUCUCCAGAGACUGUCUUCCAGACAGCCACUGGCGGCGCUUCCUGCAUCCAAACGUCCAGCGGUAUCUGGCGCUGGAUGUCCUCACGCUAUGCAUGAGGAAAUCCAGCAUUGAUUCGAUGCUUUCCUUUGGGGAGGACCAAUGCGCGCGGCCCUGCAUGCGUGUUGGCGCCCACUCGUUACUGGACGGAGGAGGCAGCGGAGCUGCGACUCUGCUUCUAGGGACAUCAGCGCUUGGAUAAGGCAAGUAAAGAAACCCUUUUAAUAGUGUAACCGCUGGCGGUUCCCUUAUUUACCACUAUAAUGUCUUAAAGCAUAGAACUUAGUAGGGCUAACCAUACAGAUAUCUUAGCCAUAAUUUUAUAUAGUUAGUAAGAGAUCCUCUAUUUACCAUAUAUAAAUAAUUGAGAAUACAAUAUAAAAUAAGGAUUGUCUUGGAAGCAAGAUUGUCUUUUGGAUAUUUAUUAUAUAAAAAUAUAAAAUCCAUUAUAGCAGAGUUUAUAAGAUUUAAAUUACAUGCUUGCAAAUAUCAUUAAUCGGUUAACAUACCCUUCUGAACAUGUCAUCAUGUCAGCCUCUCUGUCAUUUUAAGAUGGAGCAGCGUCUGUCUCCAAGUCUCUCCUCUGUGUCUUAACAUUUAAAAGUACACCUAUUUAUACCUUAGGUGUCUCCAUUUAGGUUACUGUAGUUCAAAUAUGAAAAAGUAACACUUCUUUUACUUUAUUCAAUUUAGGUCCUCCCUUAAUUUGGCAAACAUACAAGGCCAUAACUAAAGGGUGUAUACGUCAUGGAAAUUUUCCUGACUUAGUUCAAGAUGGCAUCUUAAAGUCUGAAUAGGUUAUCUGUUGUUUAUACUAAGUCGUAAGUGUACAGUCGUGGGAGAUUCCCGGAUUUGGGGAAGUUCCAUUAACUUGGGGUUACCACAGUAUAUUGUGUACUGCAAGAGUCGUAGCAUAGCCUUGAAGCUUGUUUAUGCAUUAUUGUUAUUGUAAUUCGUCUGGGACAAAAUGGCGCAUACAUAUUAUGCACUGAGGUUAUUGCUUAAAGAAACAGUUAUGAAAAACAAUAUGUUCCAUUUCUAACACCUUGUCAGUUUGCAAUAUCUCUUAAAGACAAAGUACACAGUUUAAGAAAUACAACAUUUCAUUCUAAAACUUGUAAUAUUUGCAUUUGCCCGUAACACCCUCUCCAUUAAACUGUGGGCAUUGUAGCACAUUUCUUCCUUAAAUUAGUGAAUCAAAGUUCUCCAACAGUCUUUAGGUUUUUUUGUGCUCCCAGCAUCUUUGAUCAUUGUAACAGUAAAAUAUCCGUAGUGUGAUCUUUGCAUGUAAAGGUGGUUGAUUAAAAUGAGCAAAGCUUUUGUCUGGGAAAGAACUGAAAAGAACACCAGGUUCCAGAGUAAGAUAUUCUUGGAUAGAUCCGGAUAUGAAUUGUAAUCCAAAGUUAAAAGUAGUAAUUGUAUUUGUAAUCCAAAGUCUUAAAGGCCUGUAGAAGUUUACAUUUUUUAGAUACAUUGCUGGAGGUUGUGUUUGUAGAAUACUCGGGUAUUUGUUGUUUAGUAUUGGUUGUAGAGUCCAGCUUUCCAAAUAUUUGGCUAGAAUUGGUUGCAGAUAUUAAAUCAGCAUAAUCUGUUAUCACCUUGGUGAUGGUGUUGGUAUUUGACUUUGUCUUUUGUCUUUGCUUUUUAUUUUGUUUGUUUUUUCCAUGAAACAUUUUUACACCGUUUAUGAUGUGUAUAGAUUGGAUACUCUCCGAUAUUCUUUUACGGAAUAAAUUAAUUGACAUAAUUUCCAAGACAUUGUCUUAAGUGACAUGGAUCCCAUUAUAGUAAAUGCUAUGUUGAUACAGCAAUUGAAGUGGAUUCUCAAGAACGCCUCUUUUUGCUGUGUUUGAAUCUUUGUAACAUCUCAGUGAUAGACAUCUCACUGACAACAGGUGCUGUUGUGCUAAAAAUGUUAACAGGUAAAAUCUGUGGAAAAAUCUUUACAUUUGUUAUAGUUUGUAUAAUAAUGAUAGAUGAAAUAGUAACAUAGUUGAUCUUUCUAGUGUUUUGUAUUAAAGAUAAACACCCCUGUAUAUGAUUUAGAGAUAUAGGGAUAAUUUGAAGCAGCAAAGUAUUUACCGCCUUUGUUCAUAAUGGUAUGUAAAAUUACAUUCUCUUUAAAUGUUAAAAAUACUACUUUAUUCAAAAUGUCUCAAUAUAUUUAGAAUAGUUGCUAAUUGGAAAUAUGACGUUAAUUAUCUUUCUUUGUCCUGUUAGGGAGAAGACAACUUAUUCCCUAGUUAUUUUUAGUAAAUAUAAUAACUACAGUUAUUAGUGGCUUAAAAUACCAGAAACCCCCAAAUAUUGUCUUAGAAAACAUUUUUUUUUUUUUACCAAGAUCUGACAGCCAUUGUGGAAAGUUACGUUCGUAAGACUGGAUGCUUAACAAUGAGAAUCUUAAUUGUUUAAGUAUAUUUACCAGCGGCUGUUUGGUGUAACUUAAGAUGAUUAGAAUGUAUUAUUAUUUCUAAAAGUGAGUUAAGAAAGCACUCCGAUACAAUAUUGAAUGUAUUUAUAUUUUAUCUCUACCUUUGUAUAGGUGGUUUAUGUACCUUUAACCAUUACAAACCAAAUAACAUUUUCUUUGUAUUUGAAAAACUGAUAAAAUAUUAGAUUUCGUGUAUUUUAAUAUACAGAGUGGUAUGGAUGUUGAAUUUAUAUCUUUGACAUCUUUUCACCAGUUUGCAAUAGGUGACCUAAAUGAUCAAUUUCCAAAAUCAUCAUGUAUAUCACCUGGAUGGGUUAAUCCAUAAUACUCUUUUACUUUCCAUUGACUGGCCUUGGCUCUGGCAGACUGAAUAUUUUUAUCAUUAUAAAUAAACUUUAUGAUAGUUGAAGUAAAGUUUCUGCCUGUUUUAACUGUUUUUAACUGUUGAAGUAUUUCACUUAUAUUAAUUAUACCACUCUGCAAACUUAAACGAAAAUCGAGUAGUUUCUGUUUUAAUAAGAACAUUUAUAUUUUCUUCUAAAGUUUAAACCUUAUUCAUUAUUGCAGUUGUUAUUGCAAUCAUAUGAUCUUUAACUAUCAUGAUUCAAUUAUUCAUCUUGGUAAUUAGCUGUUAUGCUCUUAUACGUAAGUUUAAUAUAUUUGUUUGUAGGCCAGACUGCAGCUGCAUAUGGCAUUUUAGCAAUAAUCUUCAAUUGCAUUUCAGAUAUUCACAAAGUCUAUCCACCUUUGUAAUUAACACAUUAUGUGUUUCUUAUACCAUUAAUUAUAGUAUCUGUAUUAUAUUACACAUUGUCACUGACACAUUUCUGAUACAGGGAAAAAAUAGCAUGAUUGCUUUAGUAAUUACAAUUUUUCUGUCCAUGCACACAUUCCUGGAAGUCCAGAAUAUAGCAAGAAUCCUUGGUCUAUGGUCCUAGAGAGCCAUUUAAUGUUUUGAUUGGUAUAGUUAUACAAAAAGAGCAAGGAGUACGACGGUAGAUCACAUCUGCAACAGAACCAUUACAGAUUCCUUGUUGUAUCAAUGUCUCUGUGUUUAUGUUUACAGGAGUUCCUUGCUUUGCAGGUAUGUACAUAAUAUGUAGAGUUUAAGAAAAGCUGCAAAUCGUGCUUUAGUACAAGUGUCCCAUGAUGUCAGGUUUCUCAAAGAUUUUGCUGGUCUUUUUAUAUUCCAUUCUCUUGGCAGGGCAUCUGCUCUUAGUAGGCCGGUAUUGUUAUUAUUUAUUAAUUGCAUCAAGGUUUCUUUCGUUAAUUGAUGUGUUUCUUCCGAAUUCAAAUUCAUAUGCCACCAAAUGUCAUUGUAAAGUUCAUUGUUACAGAAUAAUGUUCCAGGAUGGUUUUCCACUCCAGUAGGAAAUCUAUAUUCCUCUUCUUCUGAUCCUUCCUAUUAACCUCUUUUUCUGAGUUGUAGGCAACAAUCUGUGUCUUGUACUGUGAGGUGCUUUGAUAGUCAAUCUGGUUUUGUCAGUACCAUGUUCCAUCUUGAAAAACAGCUGGGUGUUGACAGUUAUCAGCCUUUAUUUCUUUUUCCGGUCAUCUUCUGUCUGGAAACAUAAUAGCAAUGUCCAGAAUUAGCAUAGCACUUCUUUUCAGCAUAAGAAGGCUGUUUGCGGUAGUCACUCAAUGAUAAACUAUAUGGCAAAGUAUUUUCUUAAUCACCUUCAUAGGUGCAUCCAAAGUCUUUCACUAGCAUCUGUCUCGUCUUUUUCUGUUUCCUGCAUACUUUGCUAUCAUCGUUCAGUCCAUUAUUAGGAUUUGUAAUAGUCCAAUCACAUCUUUCUCGUGCAUAAUCGUUUUUUUUGGAAUGAUCUCAAUAGGUUCCUUGUGAAAUACCAGUGUAGGUCACAUUAGCAAUCAUUUCACUGUGAGCUAUGUGUCUCUUUUGAGAUAGUUCUUGGAGGUAGUCCUCACGAUCAAAGAACUUGUAUAGUGUACAGUCCAAUUCAGUUCAGUUGCUUCCUGCUUGUUAACAUAAUUCCAAUGCAGUUUUAAAACGACAGCUAGGGUUGAUGUUAUGAUAAUGCUGCAGAUUGUAAGGAGGAGACACCAUAACCAAUUUUCUAGCAUCCUUUUGCUUCUAUCUUUGCAUUUCUUUCUUACUGUAUAAGAUAAUUCAGGUUCAGUCUGUUUUCUCCAGAGUCUUUCUUAUAAUGAUGUUGAUGAUUCAUUUUUCAUACAUUCCAUAUUAACUGUGAAUGUAUCACGUCUGUCUGUUCAUCCUUCUCCUUCACAUUUGCAGAUUCAGAUGUCAGAUCAUGAUUCAGUCUGUUACGUGGCUAUGAUUCUGGUGGCUUUUCUGUCGUCCUCUGUUUGUUUUAUCUUGCCAUCUUUAACAGCAUCCACUGUGUCAGUCAGUGGUUCUGUGAACGUCCUGGAAGUAUUUUAGCAGGUUGUAAAAUAUCAAAUUCACUGUUCUCUGUUGGCUCUGAUUGUUCUGUAGUAAAAGCUCUCGGAGUCGCCCUCUCCAGGACAAGCUGGCCAACAGAAGGAAAUAGGUGGUGGUGCAAGGCGAGGUGGGCUGGAAAAAAAACCCCUAAAUUUCUCUAAUCGAACCAAUGGUUCUAAGCUCUCCCUGGUGCAGAAAUAUGUUUGUCAGUGAAAAACAUGUAACAUUUCAUAUGGUGUCUCACCAUUUGUAUCAUCAGGUAUGUUGUGAAUGCUUAUCUGUACCAUAGGAAUAAAUAGAUACCACUGUGUGGGGCAAGCAGCUAGUAACUUGGUUAAUAAUCAUUUAACCUCAGCAUUCUCCCAGACCACAACCCCACUUCUUUGGGGGUGGUUGGGGCACUGAAAUCCCAAAGUAACCCAAAUGUGGUUGCCCAGUUUUAGGUUUCCUUUGCAGUAAGUGCAGGACCACCAUCCAAAUGGAUGGUCCUGGGAUUAUCAAAUGCAUACUAAGGAAGUGAGACUAGAAAACGUGGCAUCAGAGGUUGCACUUCGCACAGGAUAUAUCCAAGUAAACCUGGUACAUGCAUCAACACAUACAAAAACAUAUUUAUAACCAUGAGAUGUUGGCAAACUUCCAAUAUAUAGCAAUUCAAAAAGUAUGUUAGAUAUUAAUAUUUCAAUAAACAGUACAUCAGUAAUGUGGCAAUAAGCAAAUGCUUAUGAUUACUAAACACAUGAAUUACAAUAUUUCCCAUUUUGUGACCAUCAAUAUUCCUUUUCAGGAGUCAGAAGUACAUAACCUCUCUCUAUAAGAGCUUGUCCUAGCCAUGAAAAAGCUUUUAGGGCAAGUCCAUCUUUCCUCUAUAGGAAGAACAACCAACAUAUUACCUUCAAUGGUUAUUAUGUAAUUAACCCCUGUAAACGAUAGGAGUAUUUAUGCGGAUACCAGGUGGAUAAGGUCUGGAUAUCCUUGCAAGCAUAAACUCUGCAUCAUGACUGAGAGAUAGGGUAUGCGAUGUGAUCCAGUGACCACAGAAAAGCAUGGUAGACACAUUGCAUCAAAGUGCCUGUUAAUGACCAACUACAUGAGGAGAGGGACCAUGCUUUGUUAUAAGCAUGUCCAUACACGUAUUACAAUGCCAGGCUUUCAAUUUGUUACCACAAAGCAAAAUGCAGUUGUGGAUAUAAACUCACGACGUAUCGUAAGAAAAACUGUCUGAACACCAGACUGAGACCCGAGUUCAGUGAGCAGUGGACCAAAAUAGAUAAAUGAAAUCUUAUCAAUUACUAUACUUUCAAUAUACUUUAUUUAAAUUACUUUAUUCUCUGUAUUAACUAUGAAAUAUUAAAGUUAAAACAAUAACAUUUAAAAGCCAACUUUUAGUGUGGAUAGGAAUUACAAGGCCGUUCAUAAUGUGAGAUAAAGAACAGCUUUUUUUUUUUUUAAAUCCGAAUAGUCUGUGAACACAAAAUGACCUUGCGCUGAAAACUCACUUGCAGGGGAAAAACAAAACCUCUUCUUUUUUCUUUUUCUUUAGUAAAUUAAUUAAUUAAUUAAACAUAGUUAGAACCUCCCUCAAAGUCCCGAUGACUUUGCAAGAAACAUGUCGUCCUUAAAUACUGGGUAAGUCUAUUAAACAGUGACAUAGCAUUGUUAUCCUGUAUAUCAUGUUGUCACAGCUAUAAUGUGCAGUAUAACAAACUAUUUUAUAAGUGUUGUGCAAAGUGUUCAUUAAAAGCCAGUGAUCUAGCGUGCUAUAGAACAUUUAUUUAUUUAUUCUUUAAAGCUCUGACCUCAAUUGGCAAAGCAAUAUUGUAAUGGUGUCCAUUGCAAUCUGCUGUUUUACUUUCAAAAAUUCAGAAUAUGUUCAGAGAUUUCUUGGGCAAUAAUAAAUCCCCAAAAACAACAACUUUGCAUUUAUUCUAAACCUGCCGGUUGUAAACGUAUUCUGUAUAUUUCUUGACAUAAGUACUUGUACUUGAAUCUGUUUAACAAAGCUAUUUAUAUUGUGGUGUAAAAUAAAUAUAUUUUUAUUUUUAUUAUUUAUUUAUUUUAACAUUGCUUAAAUUUUAAAGAUACCUACAUAUUUAAUUAAAUAUCCUUUAUAUGUCUCUAAGGCAUAAAAUGUCUGCAAAUUAAGAUUAUAUACAAAAAUGCAUGUUUUGGGUGUUCCGUGAUUCCUUUUCUAUCAUUUAUUUUUCUUUAAGUCUGGAAUCUGAUUCCUUUUGGGAUGAGCACCCCUCUGAGCCCCCCAGUUUCAGAGGCUUCUUUGGAAGUGACCACUGAAAAGUAUAGAUUCUAUAAAAUAGAUGUGAGGGGGCAUUGGACAGUAAUGUCACUUUAAUUAUACUUUUCAUAUAGCAGAUAUGUGAUAUCCAAUGUGAUUUAAUAUAUCAGAGUAUUAUCACUUUAAUAGACACAGCAUUUUUUUAUGCAUUAUUAUUUUUAUUUUUUUCUUAAAUUUUAAUGUCUGUUUAGAAUAUUGCAGGCUUUGCGAUAUCACAUUAAUUUUGCAUUAAAUAUAUUCACAAUGCUCUUACAACAUAUUAUUAAAAUUAGCCUCUUUCAGAAUUGUAGAAUAUGUGGUGGAACUGAAUCCUCAUAUAUGAGAUUUGAAACUGUAUUUUUAUUUCUACUCUUUGCCCUUAUCUGUAUACAUAAUUGCGGCAGCAUAUAGUUUUUAAAGAAGCAAUUAUUUCACCCUUCAUGUGUGGUUGACUGUGGACUUUUUAAAACCUACUUUUUAAUUUUUUAUAAAUCUGUUUCUGGCUUUGAGAGAGCAGGCUGCUGAAUGCAUGUAAAUGCUCUUAAUGCUUAGUCUCUAUACAUUUAUUUAUUUAAUCGUAUUUUAUAAAAACCUAGUUUAUGAAAUUCACUGAGAUUACAUGUGUCUGAUCUGAUUACAGUCAGUAGUACAAUAUAAUUGUUCUAAUUUCUUUACUGCUAGUACAGUGGGAUAGUACCACUGAUUUAAGUAAGCCUUAAUCCUGCCAUUGCAAUAGACUAAAUACUGUACCUGAGUAAGCAAAGUCAUUAUGUGCAGGAAUUGUGCACUUUAAAUAGUAGAAUACUUAUGCUAUUCUAGUGAAUUGGGCUGGCUGCUUAACACCUCAUUUAAUAUAUUUUGGUCACAUUUAAAGCUGUAAAUGUAUUUAAAAUUUUAUUUAAAUAAGCCUUUAAUAAUUUCAGUUUAAAAGUUAUCAGAGAACCUGUAUAGUUACCAUUUUAUUUUGCCCCGCUUUAUCUUACGUAUAUAUUAUUUUUAAUUAUUUUAUAAAUAUUUAUUUUUGCAGAGCAUUUAGAGAAGCAAAGGAUGUAUAACCACCUGUUGCCCUUUUUUCUAGGAGGGUAGUAUAAUUUCAACUCUGUUUAGGAAAAAAUAUGAGCUAGUUGGCAUAUAGUACAUAAAAUACAUGCUGCAGUGUACUGCAUUGAAUGCAUUUAAAAGCCAUGUAUUUUUCUUUAUGGCUGUAUGUAAUAAUGUUGUUCAUAAUUUGGAAUAUAAAACAACGACUUCUCAAUUCCUUGGAAUGUUUACAUGUCUCUAUCUCCGCAACCUUGGCUGGAAAUUCCAGACUCCAAAAAUAGUUAUGCUGUUAUAAUUCCUGAUUUUCAAUCAACAGCUAGCAAACUGACAAUAUGGAAAAUAUCACUGUCUUACAAACUUUUCUUAUAUAGUGGACAUUCGAAUCCAGAACGCAGUAAUGCAAUAAUUAAAAAUCCUGUCUGUCUGUUGCAUGAAUGUUUUCAUUAAGCCAUAAUGCAAUUUUCUUUGCAUUCUUGGAAUUAGACUUCAAAUUUCAUCGCUCUGUCUUAUCACUUUUCUUUUGACAACAUUUUGCAUUAAUCUUUUUCCUGCGCAUGCAUACUAAGCAGCUACAAAGAGAACAUAUCCCCCUGUCUGCAAUCCACUGUCCUGGAACUAACAGGCCAUGCUAUGCUGGUGUAUUAGGCAUAUCAGGGAGUUUACCAAAUAUGUAUAUUUGUUCUAUUAUGAUAUUAGUUAAGAUCCACAAUUUCAGCAUUGUAUGCUAAUAACAUUGUACCUGGCACCUGAACUCACAGUGCCUUGUUCACAUUAAAAUCAUCUCUAAUGAUCUCUCUCUGAGUCUGGGCUACAAGUAGCUCAAUAGAUUCUUGAUAUUUCAAGACUUGUGCCAUGACAAAGUGUUGUGUCUUCUCUUACGUAUAAGAGGUUACCUAGGUAUUUAUUUUAUAUUUAAAACUUCCAAGUACAAUGUCCCUUCGUGGUCGCCAAUUGUAACCGCUGGCGGUUCCCUUAUUUACCACUAUAAUGUCUUAAAGCAUAGAACUUAGUAGGGCUAACCAUACAGAUAUCUUAGCCAUAAUUUUAUAUAGUUAGUAAGAGAUCCUCUAUUUACCAUAUAUAAAUAAUUGAGAAUACAAUAUAAAAUAAGGAUUGUCUUGGAAGCAAGAUUGUCUUUUGGAUAUUUAUUAUAUAAAAAUAUAAAAUCCAUUAUAGCAGAGUUUAUAAGAUUUAAAUUACAUGCUUGCAAAUAUCAUUAAUCGGUUAACAUACCCUUCUGAACAUGUCAUCAUGUCAGCCUCUCUGUCAUUUUAAGAUGGAGCAGCGUCUGUCUCCAAGUCUCUCCUCUGUGUCUUAACAUUUAAAAGUACACCUAUUUAUACCUUAGGUGUCUCCAUUUUAGGUUACUGUAGUUCAAAUAUGAAAAAGUAACACUUCUUUUACUUUAUUCAAUUUAGGACCUCCCUUAAUUUGGCAAACAUACAAGGCCAUAACUAAAGGGUGUAUACGUCAUGGAAAUUUUCCUGACUUAGUUCAAGAUGGCAUCUUAAAGUCUGAAUAGGUUAUCUGUUGUUUAUACUAAGUCGUAAGUGUACAGUCGUGGGAGAUUCCCGAUUUGGGGAAGUUCCAUUAACUUGGGGUUACCACAGUAUAUUGUGUACUGCAAGAGUCGUAGCAUAGCCUUGAAGCUUGUUUAUGCAUUAUUGUAUUUCGUCUGGGACAAAAUGGCGCAUACAUAUUAUGCACUGAGGUUAUUGCUUAAAGAAACAGUUAUGAAAAACAAUAUGUUCCAUUUCUAACACCUUGUCAGUUUGCAAUAUCUCUUAAAGACAAAGUACACAGUUUAAGAAAUACAACAUUUCAUUCUAAAACUUGUAAUAUUUGCAUUUGCCCGUAACAAUAGUUUAUUCACCGACUUGGGGGGAGGCAGAGGGAGUGGGGAGGCAGAGGGAGCUGCAGUACCAGGAAUACAGCUCCAGGCACCAUGACCACUGGUGCCAACCGCUAAAGUGUAAUUAUUGCAAUUUUUAUAAACUUAAAUAAUUACCUUGCAGGGUUAAGUCCUCUAGUGGCUGUCUAUCAGACAGCCACUAGAGGGACUUCCGUGUUCUUAGAACACAAAAAGUGUAAUAAACGACACUGGAUUUCCUCACGCUAUGUGAGGACCUCAAGCGUCGACGAAAUCCCCAUAGGAAAGCAUUGAUUAACGCUUUCCUAUAGGGAGGUGUAAUGCGCGGUCAUUGUCGCGCAUUAGGUCUCCCCCACCGAUUGACUGCGGGGGAGGAGAUUAGGUGGAGCCUGACCUAGUGCAAAGGGACAUCGGCGCUGGACUCUGGUAAGUCACUGAAGGGGUUUUAACCCCUUUAGCAACGUGGGGGGUGGGAGGGAGAGGGGCACUGGAGAGUCCCUUUAAGUGUGUGUGUUAAAAAAAAAAAAAACACAAAACCAUUUGUGUCGUCGUUGAAUAAGAUUUUAGCAUUUGAAAUAAUGCACUUUUAAAACUCAUGAAAAACAAGUGUAAUGUACCCAAACUAAGGGAAAUAGUCCCUAUGUGGGAGACAACUUUGUAACUUUGUCGAUAUCUCUUGUUGUACAAAUUGUAAUAGAAUCAUAAAGAUAGACUAUCUUUUUUUUAAAUUUUAUUUCAGAUUGCAAGGAAACGGCAUAAGGUUAUUGGUACUUUCAAGAGUCCUCAUGGCCACACUAGACCCCCUGCAUCCUUAAAGCACAUCAGCCUAAUGCCUCUUUCACAGAUCAAGAAAGUGCUUGACAUUCGGGAGACUGAAGGUCAGUGCAUAUUUAAAAAUAAAUAAAUUAAAAUAUCCAAGUAGUUUUGUACCCAUUGUUUUCUUAUAUGCCUCAUUACGCCAAAACAGUCAUUUCAAUGUCAAGUCUGUUCUCGAACAGCCAUGUUCCAAUAAUGUGUUUAAAAUGCUAAAUUUAGUGAGCUCUGUUAAUUUUCAUGACACAUUUCUUCCAUCUGGUUCUGUCUGUAAAUCAACAGUGGUUUGAUAGUUUAAGGCUAAAUAUAGCUGUUGAUUUAAAUAAAAGAUCAUUAUCUUGGUUGAAAGAUAAUACUCCUUUGUAAAUGUACCAUAUUUUUUUAAUUUUAUUUUUAAAUUUCAAAAAAGCUUUUUAAAAUUUUUAUUUUAAUUGUCUGAAGGGCAAUCCGAUCUCUACAGUUUAUUUAUUUUUGUAUUUAAAACUGCAUUGACAGUCUGCUCCCACUUGAACAUUGAAAUCUUAUUCGAAGAGAUCACUAUGCUUGUUCUCUUCGUACCACAAUUUUAUGUAGCCGAAGUACAGACCUCUAAAUACUCCAGGUACAUGCUCUUGUUUGGAUAUAGGCUCAGAUAAUCUCUGCUGUAAGCAGUUUACAAUAACAUUAACUAAUUAGCCAUUUUGUUUUGGUUCCAAACUCUAUGCAGGAAUAAGUGCAGUAGAGAGUAGGUCUUCAUAAGCAGCCAUUGAGCAAUUGCAUGAAAUCAUAGGCCUAUUCAUGUCAAAGGUGAAUGAGACAUGUUCUUAGAAUAUGGUCCACUUUUUUGUUCAUGGUACAUUUUGUAAAAUACAGAUAUAAAAAAAAUAUAUUAUGUAUUUUAUAUAUAUUUGUAUAUUUAUAUUUUGUUACUCGCAUUCUUUGUUAUGCUGCUGUUGGUUAAGGAGACAGAAGUUCAAAGCAGGUAUGUCGCUGCUUAAUUUGCAAGACCCCUGACAGUGAUAUUGUCUGGUGACCAUAGGAGGCAGGGAAAUGUAGGUUAUGUUUAUCUGAACCUGUCCAUCGCAGGAGCCGCCAUGAUCUUUUGUUCUCUUCCACUUCCAGGAGCCAAUCUCCACGCUGUACUAUUGCAUAUGCACAAUGGUACAGCGUUGAUGUCUAUAGAGAAGGCCGCGAGAUUCUCCAUAGAGAAAGUUCCACUCCCUGGAGAAAUACAGAGUCAAAGCAGGGACUUGGUAUAUAUAAUCACUAUAUCUCGUGAAUGACAUUGUUGGAAUUUCACUGAAAUUCUAACCCAAUGUAUUAAAUAAUCAUUUUUGGAUAGGGGAUGACAAAGCCACUUUAACAUGUUAAAGACAUUGCACACUUCUUCUGCAGAAAGGAUUACUGCUCCUCCUUUAACUGGUGGAAUAGAGGUGAUAGUGUACACAUAACUAUGGAUUUUAAGAAUAUUUCGGUAGUCCUACAUUAUUUUUUUUGAAAGGUGCCAGUAAUCCGAAUUUCAUUACUCGAAGAAAAACUAAAUUGCGCAUGUAGAAGUAAUUGAGACAUAAGAGAUACAGUAUCAUUUUUCUCAACUGUUUUCUGUUAAACCUAGAUAUGUUGUAGUGACAUGAAACUUAAAGGGACACUAUAGUCACCAGAACUACAGCUUAUUGAAUUUGUUCUGGUGAGGAUAAUCAUUACCGUCAGGCCUUUUGCUGUAAAGACUGUCUUUUCAGAGAAAAUGCAGUUUUUACAUUACAGCCUAGUGAUAACUUCACUGGCCACUCCUCAGAUGUCUGUUAUGAUCCUUCCUUCCUGGGUCAUGGCUGCCUAAAAUGCAUCCAAACAUUCAGUAUCUCAUCCCUCUGCAUGCAGACAAUGAACUUUCCUCAUAGAGAUUCAUUGAUUUAAUUUAUCUCUGAGGAGAUGCUGUUUGGCCAGGGCUGUUUUUGAAUCAUGCUGGGUCUGCCCCUGGUCUGCCUCCUUGUCAGUCUCAGCCAAUCCUAUGGGAAAGCAUUGUGAUUGGAUCAGGCCACCACUUCUGAUGUCAGCAGACUGCUUGUUUUCCUGAGUCUAACAGCAGCAAGAAUUACAGCUUCAAGCUUGAAUACAGUAAGAUUUUGCUAUAUUUAUGGAGGCAUGAUGGACCCAGAGGGGCUAGAUGGUGGGUCUAACACUAUAGGGUCAGGAACAAAACAUGUAUUCUUGACCCUAUAGUGAUGCUUUAAUAUUGAUUUAAAUAAAUGGGUUUUAUGCUACUGCACAUUUUGCAGGAUUUUGCUGAUUAGUUGUCUUUGUUGUUUAAGUCCUGGGGAUAAUAUUACACAUGUUCCUUUUCAUAUAGAAUUAAGACGCCUGUCUAAGCAGUGAAUCUCAAAUGCAACCAAUGUUUUGGAGAGGUUUUUUGUUUGUUUUUUUUUAAACCUAGAUAUCACUAUUAGUGUUGGUGAAUCGGUUUUAGUUUCGUUUUGUAAGAUGCCAAAAGAAACAUUCCAUGCCAUCCUCCAAAGAGUGGGCUUUAAUGCAGUUAGGACUGCAUGGAAUGUCCUGCAGUUUUAGUGUGAGCAGGAUUAAAGCCCUGCUUGCACCGGGGAGUCCAAGGUAUCAGUCGACACCAGGAGCUCUCCACUGUCAGUCUGGCAAAUAUCUUGGGGAGGGGGUGAUCCACCCUGGGUGCCACUUACAUUGUAAGGGGUGGCUGGGGGGGGGUAGCUUUCUUCUAUUUUUGGCAGGUCCUCUCGUCAACUCUCUAAAGCCCUUGUCAUCAAAGGGUUGCCUGGGUUACCAAGGCAAUGUUUAGCGCGGCAUACCAGGCUCGCAAGAGUUGGAGGGAGGACCUGCCGAAAACAGAAGAUGGCAAGUGCUGGGUCCCGGUUGCUUCCUCUACAAAGAGAGUACUACACACUGUACUAUAACUGUAUUAUAUCGGUACUACACACAAAUUUAAUACAGACAUGGGCAGCGUACACACAGCCACUGGACCACCAAGGAGUGGAAUGUUCCCCUCCUUGGCUAUAGUUAAAAGGCAGGAAGAGGUGAUGAAUAUCUGAACCGGGUAUCAGCCCAAAAGCCCACAGAUGAUUAGUAUCAGCCCUUGAAAAUUAAUAUCGGUCGAUCCCUAAUAAGCAAUGCUCAAAGUGCUGUAUUACACCAAUUUAAGUGGGCAUUUAAAUCCCUAUAGCCUGUAAUGCACUGAUAGCAGGGUUAUAGCCCUGCUGACAUAAGGAAACACAGGUAUUCGUAAAUACCUGGGGCUCGCUUGUCAUGGUCAUUCUUUUAGUGGCCCCCAGGCUGACGGAUUAAUUGUAUGCUUUGCUCAGUGAUUCUAGGGCUAUUUUCCAGCACAUGGCUAAAGUUUAUUUCUAUUAAUGCAUACUAUUCCUAGUAUGGUUAAAGAAUAGUGGGAAAUGCAAGGUCUUUGCAUUUUUAAAGGAACACUAUAGUGUUAAAAACCGUUUAUCCCACUUUCACCCUAUUUAAUAAGUAACAAAAUCCCACAGGAAAGCAUUUGAUUGCCUGAGCUCAUCAAUUCUAAUUGGAACUGCAGCUCCUGGUGUGGGUGGGGAUCGCUGUUGCUGCUUGCUGGUGGAACUUUGAAAGUGAUCAUUUUUAAUUUUAUAAUGGUAUUGAGCUCACUGCAGGCGUUUCCACUUUAAGCUUGCUUUAAUCUUUACCUACCACUGCCUGCAUCUUCCCUCACAGAAAUGUUUGCACAUGGUAUCAUGGUGUUGUAAAAUGCCACACACUGCGUUUGUGGAGGAUACACUUGCAUGUACUUUGUUGGCCGUUUUGCCUUUGUAGUCUCCAACCUGGCAGCUUACACAUAAAAUAAAUGUAUUCAUAUUACUUGUCAUGUACAUUUGCAUCCAAUUUUAACUCUGUAUUGAUGAAAUGUUAUUUUAGUGAAACCUUGGUAUAAGAAAUGGCAAGAUAUUACAUGCUAGGUUUAAAAUUCUCCAAUUGCAUAUCAUUCAUCUAAAACUGCAUUUAUCAAUUAAUUUGUUUUGGUAACAGAGACCUCAAAUAGAAAUCCAUCAUGUUCAAUAGUAGAUAUUCCUUUUAAUUAUCAGCUGCUUUUAGAUUUCUAAUGGCAACACAUCACCGCACAGUAAUGUCAUUGUGCCCUGCUGGUUUGAAUUGUGCCUUUAAGCAGCUGCUUACUAAUAUGUAAAUUGCUUGGUUAAAUCAUCACAAGUAGGUCAUAGAACUUCAAAACUCUUUCUACCCAAAAAACAAUGUACUUAUUCUUGAGUAACUGUCUGCAAAUUUCUAUUUUUAAACCAGAGUAAUAUUUCCUUUUAUAUUUGCAGACUGCCAUAAUGCGUUUGCUUUGGUAGUGCGACCUCCGACAGAACAGGCAAACCAGCUAUUUAGUUUCCAGCUGACAGCAGAGGAGCCUCCUAAAGUGGAUUGGCUGAAGAUGCUGUGCCGGCAUGUAGCCAACACCAUUUGCAAAGCAGAUGCUGUAAGUUCUCUCCUACUGGUAUAUCCAUGUCACUGUAUUUAAAGUGCUUCCAACACUCUGUUUUACUUUUAUAACAUUAUCAACUGUUCUCCUUCUGUUUUUCUGGCAAUGAAAGUUAAUUCUCGGUACAGCCUUGUUUCCUUGGAGAUGUUGAGUGAUCUUUUGAGUUCCGCACAUUGUGGUUGUUCAUACUGACAACUUUGCUGUUAGUCAUUUGUUUAGUUUGAGACAUUGCCACAUUUCUACACCAUCUUGGAUAUUUUACAAAGCUCUACUAUUCUAUAAAUCACGCUUUUAUGUCUCCUCAGAUUUUUGAUCAACUACAAGGCAUUAAAUAGGUAGAGGGACACUGUUGGGCACACGAUAGCUCUAUUGCCUGUGUUCAGUAGAGUUUAAAAAGAAAAAAGUGUAUCUGUAUAUAAUGCACCAUCCAUUCCAAGGCUAUUGACACUUUAAAUGCUUGACUAUAUUUCAUAUAAUGCUCAGCUAGCCAGUGGGCUUGUUUUGCAGCAUAUUGCCAAUGGAUUUUCUUACAAAGGUGAAAGAGCAAUCUAAAUUUUUAAUUAUAGGAUAGUUUAUAGUACUGUCCCUAAAAAGAAUUGGGCCACCAAUAAUAUCUUUCUAUAUACAGCCUUGGGAGGUCUUUCAUAAUGUCUAGCCAUAUAUUUUUGAAUGUUAUUUCUAUGUUCCAUCUACGUUAAUGUAUGUAGUAGAAUAGCCCUAUGAGCCUGAUAUUGGUAAAACUUUUUCUUUUUUUUGUUUUUGAUUAUUCAAACAAGCCCAUCACCUUUAUGUGUGUUUGAGUUGGUUCAUAUUCCCGAUGCAUUUCUCCACCGUAGGGUUUUGCAGCCACUAGAAUGUUUCACUCACAUAGAAUGUAUGUCCUGUCACUCCCACUAAUUACUUUUUUAUUUUUGUAUAAACCAAUUAUGACUGUCCAUGCAACCCAAAGUGCUUUUCACUUUAUUUUCUAUAAGUUAACAUAUCCGAGCAUCAUGGGAAACUGUAGACUGCAAAAUAUCUGGGUUUGCUGUCAUUGCUCUAGCAGUUUAAUCUGAUCCUUAAAAUAUUGCAACCUUGCCGUAGUGCUUUAAGUAUUAAUAUCAGUUUUAAUUUCAUGUCUUUGUAAUGCGUUAAUUUUAAAGACAUUGCAGCAGGAGGUCUCAUACAGAUUUGUUUUUGAGAUUAGAAUUUUCUCAUUUCAUUACCCAAACCUCAAAGGGUUUGGUGGUUUUUAUAUGUUUUCCUUUAAAAAUAAAACCCACAUUUAUUUUAUUUUUAUUCACAGUAAAGGUUUGCCUCAAUCUAGUUAAAGCUUCCCCUGUUUUUUUUUUUAGUUUUUUUUUAAAAUUCAAAAUAAAGGAAAAAAAUACAUGUUAUGAAAAAUCUGUGUGAAAUUGGCAGGUUUUUUUUUUUUUUUUUAAACUAAAAUAUAAAAUACAUAUUGCAAACGCAGGUUUAUUUAGUGUCUAUAUGUAUGUGUCUAAGUUAUGAUUUUCUUUACUGACCUCUAUAAAGAAUCUUUAAACCAUGAAUCGUGGCCGUUGAAGCCUUUGAAUACCUACACUUGUGGAAUUGAACAGCUAUAUCACACAGUUGCAUUAAUAUGAAGAUCCACUUGAUGGCAGUAAAGGUUUAACGAACACGCUAACUAUUCUCACUACUUUGAUUCACUAAUCUAAUUUAAGAAUUCUCUUAUAAAAUUUUCUAAUCUCAGUAUUUUUUUUUCUUCCUAGUUUAAAUAAAAUAUCAACUUAUGUAUGUCUGACUGGAAUUUUUUGUAGGAAAAUCUGAUCUAUACUACUGAUCCAGAUUCUUUAGAGGUCAACACAAGGGAUGUGGAUAGUACAUUGAGCCGAGCAUCAAGAGCCAUAAAGAAAACAUCCAAGAAAGUAAGUCAAUCUACAGUCCAUAAAUGUACGGAUUUAACAGUCCCAUCAUAUAGGAUUUCAUUAUGAUUUUAUCUGUUGGUAUUUUUUUAUUUUGUGGGUUUUUCACCCCCUUCCCCCCCCCCCCUCCUUGACUUAUCUCAACUCUAUAUGUUAGAGAUUCUCACAUUAUUCAGUCCACUCUGACAUGUUGAUCUUUAAAGGGAGAUGCAUCAAUUGGUUUUUCUUUUUUUAAAACAACAAACACAUUUAAACAAUAUAUAUAUAAACUAAAAUAAAACAAGAACAAACAAUGGAAAGUAUGUAAUAAACAUUUAUAAACUUGUUCAGAUUGCACCUAAACACUACUUAGCUAGGGGAGUUUCUACCAACUCCCCCCCACCCAUCUUUAACCACCCAUCUCCAUUUCAGACCAGGGUGUCAUUGUGCAGCAGCAGGAGCUACCCAACACCAGAGCCUGCUCUGCAUGAAUCUCACUGAUCAGAUUCCUCUCUUCUCCCCAUGGCAGAUGUUGCAAUGUGAAGAGAUCUUCCAACUGCAAAUGUGUAACUCUGUUUGGGAUACCCAAUGCACUGUUUGAACAUUACUGGGGAUUUGUACACUGGUUAGAUCAGUGUCUCCACUGGAGUGGGUGUAAAAAGAAAAAAGCAGAUCUAUGUGAAAACAAAGCCUAUUUACUUUUUGUCAACCUACAGAGUGAGGCAACUGUCUUAUCCAAAGCUAAAACUUAUGAAUGAGGGUGUUCUCAAAGUGAUGCAUGUCGCUAUAAGUUAAACUUGCUUUCCUUUUAUUAGGUGAAAAUGUAGAGUUUUAACAAUUGUAAAGAAAUUGCUUGUAACAAAAGCUAUAAAGAUAUUAUUCAAUGUAUCUUUAGCAAACUUUUUGUGUUUUAUUUGUAGGUCACUAGAGCGUUUUCUUUUUCAAAAACUCCCAAGAGAGCCCUCCAGAGGGCUCUAAUGGUGCAAAAUACACCAGAUGGACAGAGCCCAGGCUCAAGCUCAAAGGGCUUUGCUGGUAGUCGCAUGUCAAGCACUACAUCGUUGGCAGUGAGUAACAUCCUUUUCUGCAAUGCAUUAUUAAAAUAUCACUUUCCCACACUCCACAUCAGGCGGCUUCUUAGUCUCUUAUUAAAGAAAAGCAGGGAAAAUAGAACACACUGGGUGAAAAAGUUGGUCCGUGAUCUACAAGGUGUUUUUUUUUUUCUGUUUUGGUUACUGUGUGAAUUUGCCUGAUGAAUGGAAACCAUUCCUCAUUUUUUUUUUUUUUUUUGGUAACCAUGAUCAUAGAACGCAAACAAGAUCUGUGAACUGUUAACAAGAAUGUAGGUAAUGAACAUGCUGUAAGUACUCCAGACUGUUUUAGAAUAGUUUCACUUCUUACCUGGUUUCCACUUGUGUUGCUACACAUCUCCACUAGAACCAUAGAAGCUUCCGUUGGCUCUCCUGAGCCAAGUCCUGCACUGCUUAGACAGAGCGCCUGGCUCCUUUGUAGCUAUAGUGGAGAAGCCACGCUUGGCAGACCUCUGCUGAGAAGUAAAACUUAGUUAAAACCGACUGACCGCUUACAAUGGCUGAGGUGGAGCAGUGUGCAUUGAGUGUUCCUAAUGUUUUUCCCAAUUCUCAAAUAGUUUUGUUUUAAUUUCAAAAUGUAUGGCUGUCUAAACACCGCUGUGUGUGUUUCUUAAAACCAGGGUGCUGCACUCACCUGAACUGCAGAGAAGGGUGCUGCUGAGGCAAAUUCAUACAAUACACAAGAUCCAAUAUAUAAACAUGCUGUUGUUUUUUUUUUAUGUACAACAAUAGAAGAAUGCCCGUCUUGGAAGAAAUUUCGUUAAGAUAUCAUUGUAAAUUACAUUAAGUGCCAGGGACAGUGAGCACAUCUUAAAGGAUCACUAUUGGGUCAGGAACACAAACCUGUAUUCCUGACCCUAUAGUGUUAAUACCACCAUUUAGCCCCCCUGGGCCCCUCAUGCGUCCGUAAAUAUAGCAAAAUAUUACUGUAUUCAAGCCCAAAGCUGUAACUCUGCAUGCUGUUUGACUCAGAAAAACAAGCAGUCUGACAUGUGGUAGCCCGAUCCAAUCACAGUGCUUCCCCAUAGGAUUGGCUGAGACUGACAGAGGCAGAUCGGGGCAGAGCCAGCAUGAUUCAAACAAAGCCCUGGCCAAUCAGCAUAUCCUCAUAGAGAUGAAUUGAAUCAAUGAAUCUCUGAGGAAAGUUCAUUGUCUGCAUGCAGAGGGAGGAGAUACUGAAUCACAGGAUGCUGUACACAGUGCUGCCUGGUGCUCUGCUGAAAGCAGGUCUGAGUGGAUGGAGGCAUAUUAUGCCUCCAUCAACUCUGAAGUCCCCCUGGUUCACUCUGAGUGACUGCAACUGGAGGUGUUCCUAGCUUUCAAUGUAAACACUGUAUUUUCCCAGAAAAUAGUGUUUACAUCAGAAAGGCUGCAGGGAGCUAUAGUUCUCACCUGAACAACCUCAUUAAGCUGAAGUUGUUCAGGGGACUAUAGUGUCCCUUUAACUUCCAAAUCAGUGUUUGGAUAUUUUUUUUAAUUUUUUUUACAUUUAAUUUUGAUACGUCGUAUCAUUCUCUGGGCAAACUAAUGUAGUGUGAAUUCUUUGUGUUGUUGGCCAACUCUAAAGGGGCACUCCAAGGUGAUUCUCCUUACCCCUAUGACAAUGUUUUUACAUAUAAUUCAGAAACAUACAGCAGUAAAGAGAAUAUUACUUAGUAAGUUGUAAUGUAUGAUAAUUACCCCAUCCAACCACUGCUUCUGAGUUUAGCAGAAUUUCAUUCCAAAUACUUUCUGUGCUUAAUUAACAGUUUUCCAAGGUUAUCUUUAUUUUGCACAGUUUAAAAAAAUCUAUGGAGUACCCCUUUUAAUGUUUCAUAUACGAAUUGGAUUAAUACGGGUUAGAAUUAAAGUUUAAGAACUUAGCUGGCAUAUUGCGCCUAAAUGUUUGUUUUUAUGUUUUAAUGGCUCAUUCAUUCCUGUUUAUAGAUAACACGUUGUUCUUCUGCCAUCAACAUAAAUGGACCAGCUAAACACGCUAACGUUCAGCGAUCAAAUUCCCUUGAUGGCAGCUCGCUUAGUCCUAGGUCACGUGCUAUUCUGUGCCCAGGAUCUCCUAGUAGUCCUAUGCCACAUAACGGCCCAUUAAGCAAAGUGCAGACUGUUCCCCACAUUACAGUAAACUGUGACCAGCAGAGGGAACAGGGAAAUCGCAUUUCCUGCAACAACAAAUCUUUGUCUGUAAGAAAGGAGCCCUUGCUAUGACAGCGAGCUAAUAAGUGAGCUCAUCACAGUAAUUAUUUCCCCAAUUUGAAUGCUGUCCACACAGUGGUGUUAGAAUAUUGUGGCAGUGGUCUGUUUAUUUGCAUGAAGUUUUUUUUUUUAAUAUUAUUUAUAUAUAUAUAUAUGGUCUUUCUUUCCAAGGAUUUUAUCUUUAAAGAGAAUACAAAAUAACCCAUGAUGCAUUACAACGCCCAAUUUUGCCAAAUGUCACUUUAUCUAUUUAAAUGUUUUUUGUUUGUUUUUUACUCUAUCAGUCGACCUCACCAACUACACGUUGCUGCUUUUUCAGACGACACGUUCAGGUGUGAGUUUAUACAAUACGCACAUUUGACAUCAGAACAAUUUCAAAAUAAAUUCUGCACUGCCAUACUUGUUUGAAAAAUAGCAAUCAGGAUUAAUUUGAAUCUAAAACCUAGUUUUGAAUGUGUACACUUCAUGGUUUAAGACUCAUUUUUACCAAUUUCUAGGGAAGCUGCCAACAACAUCCAUGACUGCUCAAUGUUGGCACCCAUUAAAUCUCAAGUUAUUUAAAACUAGUAACACCUCCAUUAAGGAUCUAUUUGGAUUUAUGUAAACAUCAACAUUUUUUUUUUUUCUCUGAAUCUCUUAAUCUGAGGCUUUUUUUUUUUUUUUUUUUUUAAGAUCACAGUCUGGGAUUUUAAAAUGUCAUAACCUGGACUAUUGUUCUUAUCACUGUCUGAAUGUCUUACAAGAUUAGGAUUAUAUAUAGCAGUUAUGAAAUAGCAUUUUUCGAAAUAGAUUAAUAGACCAGCAUGCACUGUCCUUUUUCAGCUGUGGGUCACUUUAAGGCUCCAUGAACAUUCAGGCAGAUUCGUUUCUCAAAGGCAAAAAAAGUGGUGCUACCGAAGGUGCAUAGUUAUCCUACACAAUUUAUUGAAGGUCAUGUAUACAAAUGUUUUGACCAUUAACCCUUCAUCAAUAGAUAGACUGGGGGACUGGGCACUCAAAUGGCAGAUGAAAUUUAAUGUUGAAAAAUGCAAAGUUAUGCUUUUCGGCGUAAAGAAUACACAAGCAACGUAUACCCUUAAUGGAAGCGAGUUAGGGAUAACACACGAAAAGGACUUGGGAAUUGUUAUAGACAACAAACUAUGCAAUAAUGUGCAAUGUCAAUCAGCAGUGGCCAAGGCCAGUAAGGUAUUGUCAUGCAUGAAAAAGGGCAUUUAUUCUUGGGACGAGAAUAUCAUUUUGCUUCUUUAUAAAUCACUGGUAAGAACACAUUGAAUAUGCUGUGCAAUUUUGGUUCUAAAGAAGGAUAUAAUGGCACUAGAAAAAGUGCAGAGGCGGGCUACAAAAUUAAUAAAAGGAAUGGAACAUAUCAGCUUUGAAGAAAGGUUAACAAAUUUAAACCUAUUUAGUUUAGAAAAACGUCGCCUGAGAGGGGUUAUGAUAACAUUGUACAAAUAUAUUCAGGGCCAAUACAAACCAUUGUGUGGAAAUCUAUUCACAAACCGGACUUUACAUAGGACACAAGUCCAUGCGUUUAGACUGGAAGAAAGAAGAUUUCGUCUAAGGCAAAGGAAAGGUUUUUUUUUUUUUUUACUGUAAGAACAAUCAGGAUGUGGAAUUCUCUGCCUGAAGAAGUGGUUUUAUCAGUCCAUGCAGAUGUUCAAACAGCUACUAGAUGCAUACUUGCAAAAACAGAAUAUUCAAGGAUAUAAUCUUUCAAUGUAGGGUAAUAACCGCUUGAUCCAUGGAUAAAUCUGACUGCCAUUCUGGGGUCAAGAAGGAAUUUUUUUUUCCUAGUUUGUUGCAAAAUUGUGCUUCAAACUGGGUUUUUUUGCCUUCUUUUGGAUCAACCGCAAAAAACAAAUGUGAGGAAGGCUGAACUUGAUGGACGCAAGUCUCUUUUCAGCUAUGUAACUAUGUAAUACAUUGACCAGAAAAUUUGUGUAGCACAGCUUGCAUCUUUUUGGAAAACGCUUUAUUAAAUGUAUCUUUCUCCCCUGUGAAAGUAUGUUGUGCCCACUAAAGAAGCAACAGUGUAGUGGAGUAUUGUCAAAUUGCAGUUUACUUUCCUCAUAUUGUGGCUUCUCAUGCAGAUUAUGUAUUAAAGAAGUUUAAUUGCAUAUCAUCCAGUUUGUGUUCUACCAUACAAAUGUGUGAAAACAACCCUCACUGAUGAAAGUUGGGAGGGGUUAACACUUCUAGACAGUUGUAGCUCACCUACUUGUUAGUUUUAUUUUUAGUUAGAAAUAGAUGGAACAUUUAAAAAGACAAAAGCUAUAUUUUCCAUAGUCUUAACAUGUAUAGCUUGUAGGAAAGACGAGACAGGGGGAAUAUGAUAGAAACUUUUAAAUACAUAAAGGGAAUCAACACAGUAAAGGAGGAGACUUUAUCUAAAAGAAAAACUACCACCAGGGACUAAUGAAAGUGUUUAGAAAAUUAGGUAAACUAGAUGGGCCAACUGGUUCUUAUCUGCCGUCACAUUCUAUGUUUCUAUAUUUAUCUUUUCCAGAUAGCUUUCCCUUUCCUAAAUUUAGCUAGUUCCUCUUUUGUUUUGUUUUUCUAUUGCAGUGAGUCUAUUUCCUUUUGGAGGGGAUACUAAAAUUGGAGUAUUGAUAUUCAUUUAAAUUUCACAAAUGUUGCUUGUCCUUAAAUACAUAAAGGGAAUUAACACAUUAAGAGGAGACUAUAUUUACAAGAAGAAAAGGUACCACAACAAAAGGACAUAGUCUUAAAUUAGAGGGGCAAAGGUUUAAAAAUAUCAGGAAGUAUUACUUUACUGAGAGGGUAGUGGAUGCAUGGAAUAGUCUUCCAGCUGAAGUGGUAGAGGUGAACACAAUGAGGGGAGUAUAAGCAUGCGUGGGAUAGUCAUAAGGCUAUCCUAACUAUAAGAUAAGGCCAGGGACUAAUGAAAGUAUUUAGAAAAAUGGGCAGUCUAGAUGGGCGGAAUGGUUCUAAUCUGCCGUCUCAUUCAAUGUUUCUUAAAUAUUUAAUAUUGCAGAAGGUUCACUUUCCCAAAUGUUUUACAAGCCUAUAUUUAACAAAUCAUAUUUGUGAGGUGUAGAAAUUUAAAUGUAAAAAUCCACCUCUAUUUUACCCUACAAGCUAUCAAACAUGGUGAUUUAAUAUUAGUGCACAUGAAUAGCACAAAUACUUUCAAAUACGUAAUUAUUGCUCAAAGAGUGGCAUAUGUCGCAUCUUGGAGUCUAUGGAAAUUACUUUGCAUUUGAAUUUGUUAAAAAAAAUCAAAACAUCCCCCUUUCCCUAACUGUACAACCUAUCUCUAGUGUUUAUGUAAACAGAUUUGAGGUUUUUUUUUGGUUUUUUUUUUUAAAGUACAUGCAGACGUUAUUGCUUUUGCAGUACCUUGGCUAAGGAAACUACACAUAAAAACUUGGAAAGAAAGAUUGAACUUUUCAACAAACUAUAUUGUCCAUCAUAACUGUGGAAAUGGGGCUUUGUUUCACUUUUUCUUCUUUUCUCGGGUGACAGUGUGUGCUUUUAUUACACUUUACUAUGUUUCACGGUAUGUUUAAUAUCGCAUGUCCUAUUACGUGUCCAUAUGUUUUGUGUAUGAGUUUAUUUCUUCAUUUAAUUUGUGGGAAGAGGGGCUAGUUUGUACCGAUACUCUAUUACACAGACCUGACCCAGAUAUCUUGUGUUUGUAUUAUGAACUGUAUAGAGAGCUGUUUGUGGAAGUGCUUAUGUAAUGUCCUUUGUUUGGUGAAUGGAGUGUUCCUUUCAAAUCUGUAGUACCUCAGCUUGCUUGUGGAGCCCCACCCCCUACCUUAUUAAAAAGUUCCUAUUACAAUAGAAAAUACAUGUUUUCUUUAGGGUUAUAUUAGUUACUAACUAUCUCUUAGAGAAAAAUUUGUGAUAUAUUCUUAUUUAAGAUAUCAUUUCUUGUCUUGCAGACAGUCCACUCGCCUUCGGUGGUAAACCUUCCAUCUUUGUUUGAAAAGAAGUACCAUACCUUCAGCCGAUCAACAACACACCUCAUAUAGGAAAUGUUAGUUCCUGCUUUAAAUGACAAAACAGCUGGCUGUUCUUAAAGACUUGGUAGUUCCAAUAUGGUACUCAUGGGUAGCACUUCAUAGCAGCUUGCAAGUAAAAUGAAGUUUAAAGAAAAUGUCUAAGAAGCUGCCUUGGGUGGACUGUAAAGACUUAAUCUGCACAAGUGGCACAUUGGUUGUGUUCUUUUCUCUUUAACAUUGCUUUGUGUGUUAUAUAUGUUUUUAUGUCAGACCUUGAUCCAUGCAUGUUUACAUGGGUCUUUAAACAAUGUCAAUGUCUCAGUGCUUUUUGGAUUAUUUGAAACCAUAUUUGAUCUGUUUACUGUAAUUUGAUUAAAUCAUGAGCUGAAUAUUAAUAUUUCAAUCUUUAAAUAUGAAAAUGAUCAAACUAUCACUGUGGUGUGGUGAAUUAUGAAGGUAUUUUUAAUACUGACAAUUCCCCAUUCUGUAAGGAUCUCAUUUCUAGUUGUUACUUAAGCAUUCUGCUAGUCUCAAGGCAUUAGUAAAAAUGUAUUGUAAUUUUCGGUGGGCAAAGUGUAUUGCAGUCUGCAGUAAAGUUGUUACUGCUUGUAAUUGAAUCCUGAAAACGACCAUGGUAUCUUCAGAAAGUAAAGUCUUCCAUCCUGCUUUGGUUACAGGGUAUGUACGGAAAAAGCAUCCUCUUUAAGAUAGAACGUAUUUCAGGAUUUUAAUUAUCUGGCAUAUUGUCAAUUCAUAUAGUGACAGGUAUAACUGGCGUAUUUGUGAACCGUAUGAAUAGCUAUAAUAAUGGAAAAUUUAAAAAAAUUGAACAUUCAACAUUUUUAAAGGCUUGGUUUGUGUCAGGAGAAAAAAAAUUCUGACUCCCUUUAAAAUACAAAGUCAGAUUCUACCUUGCAAUUAGGAAAUGACUUCUUGUCUUCAGAUAUUUUAAGGUGUUUGGAUUUUAAACAAUUUAUACAUAUUUAUUUAUAGCCAAAAUGUGGCUUUUAAUGCAAGAAAAUUGUGUUUCUGAUUCUCAUUGUACUUGUAACACUAAUUUUUUUUUUUUUUCGUUUUCUACUGUAAUUUUGAUGUCUCUUGAGUAAAACCUGAAAUUUGGUAUUUGACACAGGUAUUCAUUAGUCUCAAAAUACAGAAUUUUGUGAGGGGCAAGCUUAUUGAAGCAGUUUGCAUUCAUAAAAACUAACUUGUAUGUAAAUAAACGUAUAAAACAC